AUGGCGCCGCGCAGCCAAUGCGCACCGAGGGGCCGGGCCAUGUGGGCAGCUUGUUUACAACAGACCUUCGCGAGAAAGCUUGAACCCGGCCGGCAAAGGAGGCGGAGGAGGCGGCGGCGAGAAGGAAAGCCCGGCGCCCCGGAGCACGUGGAGGAGCCGAGCGCGCUCGGGGGAUCGGAGGCUGUGCGCCGGCUCCCGUGCGCCCUGGUGCGCUCCCGGUUGCGCACCCAGAAGCUGCGGUGAUGGGCGCGGCGAUCCUCGCGAGGAGGCCCCGCUAGGAGAGGACCCCGCAGCGGCUCGGAGGCGAAGAGGUGAGCUCGGAGGAAGGGUGUGCAUGGGAAGACACGGGAAAAAGUGGCUUCGUGUUGCAGGGGGAACGUCGGAACGGAGGCCCACCACCUGGUCCUUCUUGCAAGCAGGGCAGCCAGGCAGAAAACCUUAUUUUGCCGUCGGUGCUGUUGUUGGUUUCAGCCAGCUGUUAUCGAGAGGGGCGGGGGGAGACUGCUGUUUGCUUAAUUCAGGCUUAGGACCGCAUGGAUGUAGCUAAAAUUCCUCCAUGGAUUUGCCCCGUCCUUUUGGAGAGCCAUCUAAGCAAAGGGCUGCCGCCACACCUUGUGGCAAGGAGUUCCGUGCAUUAAUGAGGGGAUGAUGGGAGGAAGUGCUCCCCUUUGUCUACUCGGUCUCUCCUGCCAGGAAGAGUAUCUGGGAACCCGGGAUUCUGGAACUAUGGAUGGGAGAGGGGCAAACAUAGAAUCGUAUUUUAUUUGUUUAUUACAUAUAUGCCACCUUUUUUCUUCCAAGGAGCUCAGGGUGGUGUACAUGGUUCUCCUCUUACCCUCACAACAACCCUGUGAGGUAGGUUUAAAUCAUAGAAUUAUAGAGCUGGAAGGGACCCCAAGGGUCAUCUAGUCCAACCCCUUGCAAUGCAGGAAUCUUUUUAGGGUCUCAUUCUCUGCUAAUUGAGCUAUAUGAAUGAUAGGACUCUCUGGUCAUUUUCUUGCGCCAUGCAUUCUUCCCCCAACCCUCUCCCAUGCAUCCUGUUGUUCUCCUAAAUUAUAAAAAAAGCAUCAUAGCCCUAAGGCCAGCCUUUCCCAACCUGGUGCCCUCCAGAUGUUUUGGAUUGCAAAUCCCGUUGGCCCAGGCUGCUUAAACUCUUCCACAAAGGAAAGAUGCUCAAACUUCGCAGUCAUUGUAAUUACUUUUUUUCUGGCUGCUUUUGCACCUCUCUGAAUAUUAACGGUUAAUGGCUGCAGAUCCUGCCUUUGGUGCUAGGAAAGAACGUUGCAGGUAGGUAAACGAGUACAGUCCUUGCCAAGCUGGUGCCCUCCAGAUGUUUUGGACUACAGUUCCCAUCAGCCUGAUGUGCUGACUGGGGUUGGUGGGAGUUGUAGUCCAAAACAUCAGGAGGGCACCAGGUUGGGGAUUAAUAAUAAUAAUACUAAUACCCUACCCAUUUGGCUAGGUUUCCUGGGAAGGAAGGCUGGACCUGGGCUUAUAGAUUCCCCUCUCCCCAUUCUCCUUUCUUUUGUAAUCUUACUUAUUUUUGAUAUAUUUGCCCUGCUUCCGAGCUCAUGUGGCAAAGAGACUGUGGUGUGUGCCUUGCCAUGCUGCCAUUUGUGCACAUCCAAUGAAGCUGGGUGUUGGAUGAUUCCGGGACAGAUACAAGGAAGGACUUACUUCCACGCGGUGCAUAGUUAGACUGUGGAACUCCCUCCCACUGUAGACAGUGCUGGCCACCAACCCGGAUGGCUUUAAAAGAAGAUGGGGGGAGGAGGAGAACCAUCAACUGGCCUCAUCCAGCAGGCUCUCCUUAUGUUCCUAUGCCAGCAAGUCACCUGGAGAUAUUUGCUCUGCCUGUUGUGAAUUUCCACUUGCUGAUAGCGUCCCUGGCCUGGGAUGUGUCAACAGAUCUGUUGCCAGUCUGAUGGGGGAAGGUGUAUGGGUUUUGUUUUGCAAAACAGUGUGAAUGUCCUGAUAGCAGGUGAACAUGGCCGGAGGGAUGAAGUGGACUCCUUUAUAGCUUUGUGAAAAAGGUAAAGGGACCCCUGACCAUUAGGUCCAGUUGCAAACGACUCUGGGGUUGCGGCGCUCAUCUCGCUUUACUGGCCGAGGGAGCCGGCGUACAGCUUCCGGGUCAUGUGGCCAGCAUGACUAAGCCGCUUCUUGCGAACCGGAGCAGCGCACAGAAACACCGUUUAAAUGUACUUUUGUCGGUGUUUGUCCUUUGAUGCUAUGGCCUGUUGGCUAUGCAAAUAAAGUCUUUGUUGUUGUUGUUGAAACACCGUUUACCUUCCCGCCGGAUCGGUACCUAUUUAUCUACUUGCACUUUGACUUGCUUUCGAACUGCUAGGUUGGCAGGAGCAGGGACCGAGAAACGGGAGCUCAACCCGUCCCAGGGAUUCAAACCACCCACCUUCUGAUCGGCAAGUCCUAGACUCUGUGGUUUAACCCACAGCGCCACCCGCAUCCCUUGUGAAAGAGACCCCCUCCUUAAAAAAAAAUUAAAAAAUCCUUCUUUACAUACUUGAAAUAGCCCUGUCUCAAAAGCAGCACAGCUGAUUCUGUGUAACUUACUAUGUCCGCCUGAUGUUUUGGACUAUGGUUUCCAUCACACCCAGCAUUCUACGGCCCUGCUGACUAGGGAAGAUGGGAAUUGCAGUCUUAAAUCAUCUGGAGGGCAAAGGCUGCCCUAGAAUAUUCAGCCUCCAGAGCCUUCCCUUAUAGAAUUGCAAGAUUAUGGAGUUAUAUCUAUUGUAUAAUUACAAUUCUGUAUCGGAAAAUGCAGGGAGGGUGCAUAAGUUAGUGCAGAAGGUUCUUAGUUAAAUCUCUGGCAUCUCCAGUUCCGACCCCAUGCACACACAAACAAAACAAAACAAAACAAAACAAAACAAAACAAAACAGGCAGCAGGACUCUGUACAGAAGACCCAAGAGUGCUGUGCCGGUGUGAUUAGAUGGUAGCAGGCGGAUGGAAAAAUAGCCUGACCUGUUCUGGGGCAGCUUUCUUUGACAAUAGACCUUUAGAGCAUGGGUAGACAAACUAAGACCCAGGGGCCGGAUCCGGCCCAAUCGCCUUCUCAAUCCGGCCCGCUGACGGCCCAGGAACCAGCGUGUUUUUACAUGAGUAGAAUGUAUCCUUUUAUUUAAAAUGCAUCUCUGGGUUAUUUGUGGGGCCUGCCUGGUGUUUUUACAUGAGUAGAAUGUGUGCUUUUAUUUGACAUGCAUCUCUGGGUUAUUUGAGGGGCAUUGGAAUUCGUUCAUUUCCCCCCAAAAAAUUAUAGUCCGGCCCCACACAAGGUCUAUGGGACUGGCCCCCCUGCUGAAGUGAACUGGCCCCCUGCUGGAAAAGUUUGCUGACCCCUGCUUUAGGGAGUCUUGUGACCUUGAGACUACAUCUCCAGGAUGCAAUCAAGAGGCCUAGCAAAAUGGGAAGCUUUUUUAAUACCAAGUCAGACCAUUGGUCCUUCUGGCUCAGUAUUGUCUACACCGAUUGGUUGUGUUUCCCUGGGGUUUCAGACAGGAGUCUCUCCCAUCCAUACCUGGAGAGCCUGAGGACUGAAUAUGGGACCUCCUGCUUGCCCUUCCCUCCCUGACUUCAUAGGACUCUAUAUCCACUGAUAGUUCUUGGCUGCAUGAAGCAGAUGAACUGAAUGUCAAGCUAGCACUUUGCAAUAUAUUUCAGGGUUGAAAGCUCUUUCAGCCAAGCCACACCUGAGCUGGUGUGAACUCUCCCGUGGUAGUUCUCAGGCCUAGUUCUUUAGGUUGCAGUCAUUUCCAAAGGCUGCAAGAUUAAACUCCUUAACCACCUCACAAAGAACAAGUCUCAAACCUGAAGGUUCACAUACUCCAAUGGUGUCGCUUGCCAUGGAGAUAGGAUGUAAUUCUCCUAGGAAAUGCUUAAAGUUUAAGUUCUUAAAAGCAGUUAUGACGAGCCUUCCUGUACACUCCAGGUCAAGUGGUGGGGUGUGUGUGUGAAAAAAUCCACAUUUGUGAACUUUUUUGGAUGCAGCUGGAUGGUAUGCAAAACCCUGAUUGCAACGAUCUUUCAAUUAAUGUGCAAAUGACAAUUAGGAAACAUUUGCAUUCUUUAAUGUGGGUUGUUAUAAUUGUAUGUAUCAGAAAACGUGCCCAGGGCUGCCAACUCCCACCUUGCCUCAAGUAGUCCUAUUGUUGUACCUUGUGGCAAACCCCAAAUUGAAAUACAGAGCACAUUGGCACACUUGUUCCCUUAUUCCCUGCAGACAGGAAUACUAAGAGGAUGUUCUUCGGAAAAGAAAGGCGUGAAUUCUCUGGUGCUAAGGUGCUGUGAAACAUACAAUUGGAUCCUGUCGCGCCCCCGCCCCCCGCCCUGUUUUUCUUUUCAUUAAAAGAGUUUCAACAAUAUGGCGCCCUGCCACCUUAUUCCUCCAAACACUCAGAAGCUGCACUCAGCCACUCUGUUUGCACUGUAGGUGUGUCUCGCCAAAGAAAUAUCUGCAAACUCCCAGUGCAAACAAAGGGGUAGGGUAAGGCUUCUGCUGGGGGCUGGAUCACGUAGGUGUCUUCAUUAGGUGAGGACUGCAGCUGCUUUUCAGGGCUGGCAGUUCACACACUCAGCUCCCAGCCAUGCCAUGUGCGGAGGAGAUGGACAGAGCAAUGUUUUGCCUCUCCGCUCAGAACUCAAGCACUGCCAGGUAACUGUGUACACUUGGUUCUCAAACGUAGAAUGCUCCAGAAGUCCGUUCGACUUCUGAAAUGUUCGAAAACCAAGGUUGCGGCUUACGAUUGGCGCAGGCGCCCUGGAAACAAUAGCCAGCAACUGCAUCGGGUGUUCGGCUUCCGAAAAACAUUCGGAAACCAGAACACUUACUUCUGGGUUUUCGGCGUUCGGGAAAUGAAAUGUUCAAGUACCAAGGCGUUCAAGAACCAAGGUUCCGCUGUACAAGCACCCUUCCCCAAACUGAUGCCCUCCAGUGGUGUAGCGUGGGUUGCCAGUGACCGGGGCAAGCAGGUAUCCUUGGUUCUGCCCGCCGACACGCUGGAACGAAGGGGUAAUAGCUUGGUGGCCUACCCGAGUGGGGGCCAUGGUACCCCGUGAGGGUCAAGCAUGGCGCUGUGCAGAGGGUGCCCUAGCAAACCACCAUUGCCCAAAUCCACUCCUCAGUCUGCCCACACAAACAUUGGGAGACUGUCUGUGUGAGGGGGCAGGGGCACUAUUUUUAUUUAUUUAUGAUUCUUUCCUUUCCUUUCAUUUUGAAGUUUUGUGCCCCUAAUAAUUUGCACCCAGGGCAAGUGCCCCAGUGGCCCCACCCAAGGUAUGUCACACUGCAACUCCCAUCUUCUCCAGCCAACAUGGCUGCAGGAUACUGGGUGAUGGGAGUUGUAGCCCAAGGGUGCCAGGGUGGGAAAUGCUGGUUUACAUAGCCAAAAGGAAGGAUGUGAAUCUGCAAGGCAGCCCGAGGCGGCUGCUUCUCAGUUACUGAAAGAUCCAGGGAUCUCACCUAAAGCCAAAACCAUGUACUGUGGUACCUCGGGUUACAUAUGCUUCAGGUUACAUACGCUUCAGGUUACAGACUCCUCUAACCUAGAAAUAGUACCUCAGGUUAAGAACUUUGCUUCAGGAUGAGAACAGAAAUCGUGCUCCGGCGGUGUGGCAGCAGCAGGAGGCCCCAUUAGCUAGAGUGGUGCUUCAGGUUAAGAACAGUUUCAGGUUAAGAACGGACCUCCGGAACGAAUUAAGUACGUAACCAGAGGUACCACUGUAUUGCCAGUACACAUUGGGUUCAGUGGUGGGUGGGCUUGCCAAAGUCUUUAUUCCCAGAGGCCCGGCCCCUUUCUACUACAGUGGUACCUUCAUUCUCAAACUUAAUCCAUUCCAGAAGUCCGUUUGACUCCCGAAACGUUCGAAAACCAAGGCUGCGGCUUCCGAUUGGCGCAUGAGCCCCAGAAACAAUAGCUGACAACCGCAUUGGGUGUUCGGCUUCUGAAAAAAAAUUGAAAACUGGAACGGUUUUUGGCAUUCGGGAGCCGAUUUGUUUGUCAACUAAGCUGUUCGAGAACCAAGGUUCCACUGUCCUACUACUACUACUACUACUACUAUUUAAUUCUGCCAAGUGUGUAAAGCUGAAUGCACACGUUAAAGGCCCUCGGAGCUGGACCUCAGUGUCUGGGCAGAACGAUGGGGGUGGAGAUGCUCCUUCAGAUAUAAACUGGACCGAGGCCGUUUGGGGCUUUAAAGGUCAGCACCAACACUUUGAAUUGUGCUCGGAAACGUUAGUUAGGUUAGUUUCCAAAGACACCCCCCCCACCUCCUUUCUGUCCAUCAUCUAAGGAAGCAAAAGGCAUUGCUGGAGUUCAAGCCCAGGUCCCAGCCACGCGAAAAAAACACGAAGGGAAGUUGCAAAGCCAGGGGGUGUGUGACUAGAAAAGAGAUGUGGGCUGUAGAGCGUCCUGUGGGCCAUAUUGAGAGGGUUGCAUUCAGUCCCUGUAGCCUCAUCCACUGGUGUAGCUUAAGAAAAGCUGGUGGUGACUCCGGUCUAGUGUUCCAACGCAGUUCUUUUCCUGCACUGGUGCAAACCCACCCGCCAUCUUUGUGAAGGGCAGGGGGAGUGUUUAAUUCUGUGGCACUCAUUUGCCGGCCAGCAGAGAUGGGAACUCGAGGACAGGGGUCGGCAACCUAAGGCCCAUGGGCCACAAGCAGCCCAUGGGGGUUGUUUAAUCAGCCCAUGGACCCCCGCCACCUGCUCAGAUGCCUCCCAUGCACCGCACUAAACUGGUGCAGAGCAGAGGAGGGACCACCUUCCACGGCGCUCGCCGGCUUCCCAUUGGCUGCAGGAAGGUCCUGCAGCCAAUGGGAAGCUGUGCACGCCUCCUCUGCGCAGGAAAUAGCGUUUGCGCAUGCAUGUGUGCGCACUCCGUCCCACUGCGGCGUCUGCAGGACCGUGAACUGGCCCAAGCCACAAAAACUUUGCCGACCCCUGCUCUAGGAGUAUUAAGGGAGGAUAGAUGGGUAGAACUCAUUCACCCUGUCAAGGAAAAAUUCCUCCAACUCAAUACGUGCCCAAAUUCUAAGAAUGCUCAGAUUUCAUCUCACUUUUUAUUUAUUUCCUCCUUUAAAGAAACUGUCCCUAGUGAUUCUAUACUAUGUUUUUGGGGGGCGGGGAAACACCAAAUGCCUAGAAAUUCGUGAUCUGUUUGGCUCACAUCCUGUGGCUUCCCAUAUGCCCCCGUUGUAAGCAACUUUUGUGCAAUUCAGACUUUGCGCAACAAGGCCAGCCCUGGGUCUGCACUCUCUGUUUUCUGCCUUUGCCAACUUUGGCCCUUUUCUCUCUGUUUGCGGUCCCAAUUUCUCCCUCUCCUCCCGCCCAGGUUUGUGCUGUAACCUAUAGAGAACUAGCAGGACACCUUGGUUAGAAUCCUGGUCUAGGACCUGGGAGACCAGGGUUCAUAUCCCUGAUGAGCCAUGAAGCCGGCCAAGUCUAACCUACCUCACAGGACUGUUGUGAGGAUAAAUGGGAGGGUGGAAGGUGUGUUUACACCACCUUGAGAGCCUUUGAAAUAAAAUGGGAUAUACAUCUAGUGCUAAUAAAAGCUAUUUAGGCCUUUCUCACUCCCUGUUGGGUGUGGGUGCGUUUUCUGCAGACCAAAAGCCUCGGAUCGAUAGUCUAGAUAGCGCGGCCCUCAGCCUCCAGCUGGCGCUCAGGCAGGUGCGCCCUUGGCGACGCGCAGGUAACUUGCCGCCGCUCCUGGAAGCUCCGCUGCGCGCCACCUCCCUCCAGCCAGGUGCCUCUGCCGCCCGCCCGCCCCAUCCACCGGCCCCUUCCGCGCGCCAGCGGCGGGUUUCUCUCCUUUUGCGCGCCCGCCACUCCCUUCCGCGCGCGGGGACUCCAUUCCGGGGGCUGCCUGCAGCCGCGUACGUGAGGCAGCCUGUGCCGGGGACAGCCGAGGGGAGGGGACUGGAGGAGGAGGAGGAGGCGGCGGCGGCGGCGAGGGCGGAGGGAGCGGGCGAGCCGCGGCGGAGCUGGAAGGGGAAUUUCAAAACAAGCUGCGCGAGGGAAGGAGGGAGCCGAGCUGGCAGGCGAGGCGGAGCGCGCGCGGAGCUGGUAAGCCGGGGAGGGGGCGCCCGUCGGGGGCUGGCGGCGCGGGCGUGGGGACUGAUGGGGGUGGGGAGGGCUGGUUGUGCGGGUGGGCAACGCUGCUCUUGCAGCUGCACGGCGGUGAGAGAGGGGUGUGUGCGAGGGGGCGCGCCGGCGACGCAAUCCUCUCGCGCUGCGCCCUUGCGCCCGUGCGCCCUAGCCAAGCUGCACGGGCCACUCCGCGCUGCCCGAAGGUGCGCACUCUUUCUCUCUCCACGCGUGCCUCCCUCGAGUCCUCCCCUCCUGCCGUGGCAUGCAGCACCCCCCUCUUCUUCCAGGGAGGGCGAUCGUGCGUGGAUCCCCCCUCCCUCUCCAACCGUGCAACCUCCACUUGCGCGCCCCCGAUCGCUGCUUCUCAUUCGCGACUGCAGCCCCGGGCGCCUCCGCUUUCCCCUCGACGGGUUCUCGCCCGCCCUUUUGCUUUCCCCGCUGCAGGAAGCCCUUCUCCGCCGCCGCCUCCGCGGCUUUUUGCGCGCACACACGCCCGCCAUCGCCGGUGAUCGCGGAGUGCGCACUUGUGUUUUGCUCCCCGCGUGUUCGCCACGCCUCCGGGCCGUGGCGCUGUUUUGCACGGGCGGCGCGCGGCAAGGAGGCACCCGCGGGCGCUUUGGGCCCGGCACACCCCCUUCUCGCCUCCGCGGCCGAGCCUUCCCCGCACCCCCACGGGCCAGCUGGCACGCCCACCCCCGGGACAGCCGGGCUGUGGCACCGCGCGGAACGGUGGAUGGUGGCGGACACGGGUCGGCAUGCGCCACGCCCCCUCCCCUCGCGGCCAUGUCGCGGUAGUGCACGGACCUCGCACCCCUCCCCGCGGGGACCUGAUCCUGCCUCGCGAGUGGCGCCGUGCGUCCGGCAGGCCGCUUCCUCGGGGCGCGCCCGCGGGCAUUAGCAAGGCGCCUCGAUCGAAUGAGCUUGGGAGCUUCCGCACGGACUGGGGCUUUAGGCAUUUAGGUUGGUGAUCGUUUGGGGCAUUCUGCCUGCAGAGGAGAAGCUUUGCCGGUGAGCUGCGGCCCUGAUCCGUGGCGAAGCAGGGGUCACCCCCUCUCGCCAAGAUCCGCUUGUUUGCUGCAUUUCUAGCCCGUGUUUACCUCCAAGGAGCUGAAGGUGGCAUGCAUGGUUCUCCCGCACCUUUAACCCACACAACAACCUUGCGAGGUCGGGCACCCAGUGGCUUCCAUGACCAAGCGGGGGAUUUGAGCCCUGGUUUUCACCAGGUCCUCCUCUGACGCUCUAACCACUGGGCCACACUGCCUCAAGUGGAGAUGCUAGGGAACGAGGGAGGGACUUUCCGCAUACAUUGCAAAGUGGCUGCCGAUUAUUUUCCAGACCUAAUUCAAAGUGCUUGUUUUGAUCUAUAAUGACUUUUACGGCUCAGGACCGCAAGACCGCAGGGACCACCUCUCCCCAUAUAAACUGUCCCGGAUUCUUCCUCCCCCGGGAGGUCCGGAGGGUGGCAACGGAAGAACGGGCCUUUUCUGUGGUGGCUCCCCCUUUGUAGAAUUCUCUUCCCAGGGAGGUUUGUCUGGCAUUUUUGUUAUACUGUAUAUUUUUUAGGGGCCAGGCAAAGACGUUCCUCUUCCACCAGGCCUUGGGCUGAUUAAUAUCCUACAGCCUUUUAAAUGUACCUGUGGGGAAGGGGGUGUUGCUGUUUUGCUGUUCUGUUUUUAUUAUUUACUUGUGUUUUUACCUUGUAUUCAAUUCUGUGAACCGCCAUCAGAUGAUGAUGAUAAUAAUAAUAAUAAUAAUAAUAAUAUUUAUAUCCCACCCAUCUGGCUGGGUUUCCCCAGCUACUCUGGGCGGCUUCCAACAGAAUAUUAAAAUACAAUAGUCAGUUAAACAUUAAAAGCUUCCUUAAACAGGGCUGCCUUCAGAUGUCUUUUAAAAGUCAGAUAGUUGUUUAUUUCCUUGACAUCUGAUGGGAGGGUGUUCCACAGGGCGGGUGCCACUACCGAGAAGGCCCUCUGCCUGGUUCCCUGUAACUUGGUUUCUCACAGUGAGGGAACCGCCAGAAGGACCUCGGUGCUGGACCUCAGUGUCUGGGCUGAAUGAUGGGGGUGGAGACGCUCCUUCAGGUAUACAGUGGACGCUCGGGUUGCGAACGUGAUCUGUGUGGGAUGCACAUUUGUAACCCGCGUCUGCGCACGCGCGGCUUGCGAUUCGGUGCUUCUGCGCAUGCGCGACCGCCGAAACCCGGAAGUAACCCGUUCCAGUACUUCCGGGUUUCGGCAGUCCGCAACCUGAAGCAGACGCAACGUGAGGUAUGACUGUACUGGACCGAGGCCGUUUAGGGCUUUAAAAGUCAGCACCAACACUUUGAAUUGUGCUCAUCUUUGGAUGAAGGGCGGUAUAUAAGUUUAACAAAUAACAGUGAAAUAAUAAUAAUAAUGUGAUGGGCCAGUCAUGGCCUAGGUAGGCUAAUAGUUUGAUCUGGGGUAGGAUAGCUCCUUGCACAUUGAGGGAUGGAGAUUCUGGUGUUCCCCUUCAAGACAUUGCUGGACUCCCAACUCCCAUAAGCCUUAGCAGCCAGCCUGGCCAAUGGUCAGAGAUAAUGGGAGUUCUAGUCCAGCAGCAUUGGAAUGGCCACGCAUGUUCCCUCACAGGAAUUCUUGGUGGGGAGGCAGGCAGGGCCUUCUUGGUGGCUGCUCCCAGACUUUGGAACUCCCUUCUAGACUGGCUCACUCCUUGUUGUCCUUUGGGAACAGGGCCGUCUUAAGCAUACCUGGCGCCGCGGUGCAAAGAUCCCUCUGGCGCCCCCCCUUUCCCAGAGUUGACCUUUUUUUAGGGCUGGAGGAGGCGGGCAGCAGCUGGAGGGCGGCUCCUCUGGCGGGGAAAAGGCGGAGUCUGGACGUGGCACCUCCUGGCUCAGCUGGCUGCUUUGUGCCUCGGUGGCCAGGGCAGGCAGCACACCGAGCGAGCGGGACUGCGCCGAGCGAGCGAGGGCGCAUGCGCCGCUUCUGCCAAGCACCAGCUUGGUCUUUUCCCUUUUAGCCUUCUGGUGCCCCGCAGAAUUUGGCGCCUGCAGGAUAAAAGGGAAAAAACCGAGCCGACACUCGGCAGGAGCGGCGCACGCACCCUCACUCACUCAGCGCGCUCGUUCGGUGUUCCCCAGACUCUCGCCUGGCGCCCUCCAGAACUUGGCGCCCUGCGCCACUAGCCUCAAUGGGUAAGACGGGCCAGUUUGGGAACAGAAUUGUGUUUCAAGCAAAGGGCUUUUAAGUGUGCUUUUAAGAGUAUGAUUGCCUUUUAGUGUUGGUCUUUCAUGCUUUUUUACCUUUCUAUAUUUUAUAUGAGCUGUUGUUUAAAUUUGCGUUAGCCAUCUUGAGUCCUGGCCUGGGGGAAAGGCACAAUAUAAAUACAGUGGUACCUCAGGUUAAGUACUUAAUUCGUUCAGGAGGUCCGUUCUUAACCUGAAACUGUUCUUAACCUGAAGCACCACUUUAGCUAAUGGGGCCUCCUGCUGCCGCCGUAGCACGAUUUCCGUUCUCAUCGUGAAGCAAAGUUCUUAACCUGAAGCACUAUUUCUGGGUUAGUGGAGUAUGUAACCUGAAGCGUAUGUAACCUGAAGCGUCUGUAACUCGAGGUACCACUGUAAGUAUUAUAAUAAAAACUGCCCUGAGAUUUCCACGUAUAGGGCGGUAUAUAAAUUAAAUAAAUAAUAAUAAUAAGAAAUAAAACUUGUCAUACUCAUUCGGUAGAGCAUGAGACUAUUAAUCUCAGGGUUGUGGGUUCGAGCCCUAUGCAGGGGGUUGGACUAGAUGACCCUUGUGGUCCCAACCCUGUAAUUCUAUGAUCCUACUCAUUGGGUGACAGGCCCCUUUAGGGCAGCCACUGCACUUUGAGAUUUCCAGUCCUUUCUCCCCCAUUAUGGUUUUGCUCACAUACACAACGCUGCAACAUCUGGAUGGCCCUUCGCCGUGCAACUUUUUUCUCCUGGUCUGGUUUAGGCCUGAGUGUGUCUACUCAGAAGUAAGCCUGUUGAACUCUCAGGCAAGUGUGCUUGGGAUGGCAACCAGGGCCUUACUUCUGCCGUCUUCCUGAGGCUCUCAUGAAGUGGCCACCUGUCAGGGAUCCUUUAGUUGCGAUUCCCGGAUCGCAGGGGGUUGGACUAGAUGACCCUUGGGGGCCUCCCUGCGCUACAAUUCUGCGAUUCUGUGGCCUGCUCUUUGCCAGUGGGGUUGUGGGUCCCGGCCCCAAGGCUGGCUAGAGUCCCUGCCCCUCUUAUUUCAGAAGUGCUGAAGUGUCUUAAGGCCACCCAUGAAGCUUUUGGGAGGCUGUAGGCCACGGAGACCUCUUAAUUUUCUGGCUGGUGGGGUAAAGGAGGGUAGUUUUGUCAGCGUGGCCUUCAGCUGCUGACUCCUGUAGAGCAAACCUUGACUGUGGCCCUUUCAGGCUAUGAAUGAGAGCAGGCUGCCUCGAAUGCAGAAAAUGGCCUUGUGGCCACUCCUCUCUUCCUCCUUCCACUCUUCUCUGCCCUCUUCAAAUAUCUCAAGGGCUUUUCACAAGCUUCUCCCCUCCUGCUCUCGAGGGUAGUACCUGAACCAAUGGAUUCAAGUUCCAAGAAGGGAGAUUCCGGCUAAAUUUCUGACGGUGAGAGCCGUUCGACAGUGGAACAGACCCCCUCCGAAAGUGGUGGGCUCUCCUUCCUUGGAGAGCUUUAAACAGAGAUCAGAUGGCCAUCUGCCAAGGAUUUUUCAGCUGCAACUCCUGUAUUGCAGGGGGUUGGACUAGAUGACCCUUGGGACCCAUUCCUAACUCUACGAUUCUCUGAAUCUUUUUUUUUUAAAAGAAAAUUAUUAGUUUUUUUAACAUAUCAUUUUCCACAAUUAUUAAACAUACUUUUACAGCUUAUACAUUUUUUUGACUUCCAUCAAUCACAUCUGAAAAUUUUCCAAUCUUUUCAUUUAAUUUACAUUUCUAACUUUCACUGUUACAUUCAAAUGCCAUAACAAAUGUCUCUCUUCUUUCUCUUCUUUGCAAUCUUUCAUAUAUUCCUCCUUACAAAACUUCUUGUAGUCCUACUAGCGUAGUUUGUUGAUUACAGUUGCUCUUCAAAUAGUUCGUAUAUUUCUUCCAAUCUUACGUAAAUCUCUGGUCCCGCAGGUUUCGAAUCCUUCCUUUUUAUCCAAUUCUGCGUAGUCCGUUAAUUUCGUCUGCCAUUCUUCUUUAGUCGGAAUUUCUUCUUUCUUCCAUUUCUGGGCCAGCAAUGCUCUUGCUGCUGUUGUUGCAUAUAAAAACAAUUUAACUUCCUGUCUAUGAAUCUUUUUGGGCCCAGCUGCGGAAAGGAUUGGAGCUGAGUGUUUUGGUGUCAGGUCCUUUUGAGAUGGGUUUUGCCUCCUUCUCCCGUGAAUUCUCCUACUCUCUUCUAGAUUAUAUCUCAGGUCUUUUCCCUGGGAAGAUCUGUGGUCGUUCUGAGUGACACGGCCACCUUCCUUGGGCUCUACCUAAUGCCACGAUGGAACUGAACUGAAUUUAUUGGCUUUAUAGCAUACCUUUUCCUCCAAGGAGCUCAAAGUGGUGUAUAAUCAUACCUCGGGUUACAGCUGCUUCAGGUUGUGUUUUUUUGGGUUACAGACCCGCCGAAACCCGGAAGUACUAGAACGAGUUACUUAUGGGUUUCGGCGGCUGCGCAUGCACAGAAGCGCUAAAUUGCGCUUUGCGCAUGUUCAGAAGCACCGAAUUGCAACCUGCACGUGCGCAGACGCACCACUGCGGGUUGUGAACGCUGUGGGUUGCAUCCCGCACGGAUCACGUUCGCAACCCGAGUGUCCACUGUACAUGUCUCUCCCCGCCUCGUUUAAUCCCAGCAACAACCUUGUAACGUAGGCUAGCCUGAGAGGCCCACAGUCAGUAAGUAAGCUUUGUGUCUGAAGGGGGAUUUGAACCCACGUCUCCCAGGCAGCGUUCGAAAUCUGCCAGACGUGUUUUGCACCCGACAGUUCGAAAGCACGUCAAAGUAGAUAAAUAGGUACUGCUCCGGUGGGAAGGUAAACUACGUUUCUGUGUGUUGUUCUGGUUUUGCCAGAAGCGGCUUAGUCAUGCUGGCCACAUGACCUGGAAAUAAUAAUAAUAAUAAUAAUAAUAAUAAUAAUAAUAAUAAUUUAUUAUUUAUACCCCGCCCGUCUGGCUGGGCUUCCCCAGCCACUCUGGGUGGCUUCCAACAAAAUAUUAAAAUACAGUAAUACACCAAACAUUAAAAGCUUCCCUAAACAGGGCUGCCUUCAGAUGUCUUCUAAAAGUCUGGUAUUUUUCUCUUUGACAUCUGCUGGGAGGGCGUUUCACAGGGCUGGUGCCACCACCGAGAAGGCCCUCUGCCUGGUUCCCUGUAACUUGGCUUCUCUCAAUGAGGGAACUGCCAGAAGGCCCUCGGUGGUGGACCUCAGUGUCCAGGUAGAACGUGAAAAACCGUCUAUGGACAAAACGUCAGCUCCCUCGGCCAGUAAAGCGAGAUGAGCGCCGCAACCCCAGAGUCGUUCGCGACUGGACUUAACUGUCAGAGGUCCUUUACCUUUACAUCAGCCACUGGCGACCAAGUGUAGAUGUCCGGGGGGCCAGGAUGGUGCCCGCCGUCUCCUUCACCUGGAGCUGCAUUCCUGGGGAAUCCUUGGGUCUGGCCUGUUUUCACACACUAGCAAUGCCUCCCGUUGAAUUCCGUUACGUUUUUUAUCUGCACAACGAAUGAACUUCAGGAACAGAGAAGCCAUCUUGAAAAAUACGACUUUCGAGACGCCUAGCCCCCAAAUGGCAACUAGGCAUUCCGUUUUGGCGCCUGUAAACCCUGGUUUAAGGAGCCGUUUGGCUCCUAGCUGAUAUAUCUGAGCUUCUAAGAUUGCUCCCAGGUCUGGCACACUAUGCAGAUUGCCACACCUUUAUUUGGCUGGCAGCUCUUUAUAUGCCCAAUAGUAUACCUGGCUGCUCUUUUUGUAUGCUCACCUGUGUGGGUGUCUGUGCCACUGACGCAAAACAUAGGUAGUCUGGAGCCGGGGAGGAAUCGCCUCUUCGGAGCGUCUUUUUGGCAGGCGUCUGGUUCUGUGUGAUUUCCCCCCUCUUAAACCACAGAUGACUAUCGCAGGCGUAAUUUCAAGAGGAACAAGCCAUGUUAGCUGUUGCAGCACGCAGCAAAUGGCUCCGGUGGCACCUUGGGCGUCUAGCCCAUUUUGCACGAGACCUUCUGCCACGAUAAAAUCGGUUGUCGCAAGGCCGCACGGUGUCACAAGACCUGUCGUCAUCUUGCCACAGAAAUGCCACACGGGGUGCCUAAAAAUCCUUCUGCGUUAGAAACUUGCGUGGGCUUCAGAAUGACGGUAGGCUCACACGAAACUGCUUUCUUUGGAGGAUAGAGUUACGUGCAGCAAGCGGCAAUAGCAAAAUGAUAGAAUGCCCUUCAUCUCCCUGCACAUGGAAAGCUAGCAGGUCAAGGAUAGUUUGCUAUGUGUCAGGAGGUUGUUUUCUGUGGCAGUCGACCGAUUCUUAUUGACAACUCUCUUUAAAAAUGUUUUUAUCUAUGCAGUUGUUUUAACUGGUUUUAUGUAUAUAAACUAUUUUAAUUAUGUUGUAAAUUGCUUUAGGAUGCUGCUGUAUUUGUUUGUUAUUAUGGUAUGUGUUCUUCUGUCGUUAUAUUGUAAACUGCCCUGGGGUCUUCAAAUGCGGGGUGGUGUAGAAAUCUAAUAGUAAUAAAAAUAAUUAAUUUGGCUUUUUGUGCACUGUGCCGACUGGCUUGCCACCGUAACAUCACAAAUAUAUCUUUCCCCAGAACCAAAGUGUUCUAAAGCCAGGUUUGAGGCACUCAGCCUUAUCUAUACUCACCUUUGGCAAUUUGCUCUACCUUGCCUAUAGUUUUGUCACCUCUAAAAGGGGCGUAAUUUUAAAGGUGGUCAGUAAGUCAUAUCCUAGCCCUCACUUCCCACCGGAAAGGACCGUGGGAGGAAGGGAUACUAUCACCACUGCCACCCCCACCUAUUUUCCUCUUCCCUCUCAACCCAUUUUCCUUUUGUGUCGUGUCUUUUUUUCCAGUUUUGUAGGCAGGAAUGACAUUAUGAAUGAUAGUUCCAAGCCGAUCUGGGCAAUGGGAUCAAAUGCUUUCAGCAGCUUUCCAGUAGGCUAUAUAUGCGCUGAGGGACGCGGGUGGCGCUGUGGGUUAAACCACAGAGCCUAGGACUUGAAGAUCAGAAGGUUGGCGGUUCGAAUCCCCGCAAUGGGGUGAGCUCCCGUUGCUCGGUCCCUGCUCCUGCCAACCUAGCAGUUCAAAAGCACGUCACAGUGCAAGUAGAUAAAUAGGUACCGCUCUGGCGGGAAACUGCAUUUCCGUGCGCUGCUCUGGUUCGCCAGAAGCGGCUUAGUCCUGCUGGCCACAUGACCCGGAAGCUGUACGCCGGCUCCCUUGGCCAAUGAAGCGAGAUGAGCACCGCAACCCCAGAGUCGGCCACGACUGGACCUAAUGGUCAGGGGUCCCUUUACCUUUACCUGUAUAUUCGUUGCGUGUGUUCCACCGGCCCUUCAAGCUCCCCUAUCUCCUUCUCCUCUUGCACCCUGGGUGCCCUUUUCUAAUAUCCCAUUGCCGGCUCCUUUCUGCCUCUGGGCAAGAGCGCCACACCCCCCUCUGUGUAACCACCCUCCUCCCUGUCUCUCUGCCGGAAUAUGCUGAGGCUGUCAGAUCUAAGUUUACAAGCUGCAGGCUUUCCUUCAGAGAGAGCUGCUAAUCCUUCCCUUUUCCUUCCUGGAGACUUUGACUGUUAACUCUUUCGCGCAGCGGCCUUUAGGAAAAGAGUGGCGUAGCUGAGCAGCAGAACAUCUGCUUGGCAUGCGGAAAGACCCACGUUCUGAACAUCUCUAUUUUUUAAAAAAAUAUUUUUAUUGGUUUUUAACAUACAAAAUUAUAAAACAUACCACACAAUUUAUCACAAAUACAUUCUUAUUGGACUUCCAUCAGCACCUCUGAUAGUCCUCCGUCUUAAUCACCUCUUACGCAUUUCCUAACUUAAUAUUGCCUUUACAUCUCUUAACAUAUCGCAUCUCCUUCUCAAUUUUUGCAAUAUUUCUAAUAUUAUUCCUCACAGAACUUCUUGCAAACCUACAAACGUCGUCUGAUCAUCACAAAUACUUUUCAAAUAAUCCGUAAAUUUACUCCAGUCCUUGGUAAACUUCUGGUCCCGCCGGUUUCGGAUCCUUCCCGUUAGUUUAUCAAGUUCCGCAUAGUCCGUUAAUUUCAUCCUCCAUUCUUCCAUCGUUGGUAAUUCUUCUUGCUUCCAUUUUUGGGCCAAUAGUAUUCUUGCCGCUGUUACUGCAUAUAGAAAAAGCUUACAUUCCUUUCUAUUUAUAUCGUUUCCAACAAUACCCAAAAGAAAUGCUUCUGGUUUCUUUAUAAAUGUAUAUUUCAACAUUUUUUUCAACUCAUUAUAUAUCAUCUCCCAGAAGCAUUUCACCUUUUUACAUUCCCACCACAUGUGAUAAAAUGUUCCCUCUUUUUCCUUACAUUUCCAACAUUUAACGUUCUGACCAUCUCUAGGAUGGACUCGGAAAGGUUCCUUUGCCUGAAACACUGAAGUGCUUCUGCCGGUCAGUGUCAACGGUAUUGAGCUAAAUGGGUCAGAGGCCUGGUUGCUAUAUUGCAGCUUUCUCUGUCCUGCGAAUGGCCCUGGCACAGUGGCAAAGCUUUUUCCUUGCAGGGAGAAAGUCCCAGGCUUGACCCACAACCUCUCCAAUAAGGACUGAGAAAUACUCAGUGCCCGAAACUCAGAGAGCAGCUGUCAGUCAAUGUAGAUCACAUCAGUGGAUCUCAAACCUUUUUCUCUGGGCCACUCUUUCAGAAUGAAAAUUUGCCGCGCCGAUUUUUUUAUCGAUAAGGAAUAGGCCGGAAAACAAAAAGAAACAACAGUGCUUGAUUUAUAAUAUAGAACACAACUACUUCAUAAUAUUAUCAGAAAGUAUAAAACAACACAGCUACCUAAGAACACAAAUCAUUCCCAAAAUAUAAUUAGAAACAGGCCUCUUACAUAUGUACCUUAAGUAUGUCUACUCUACAAACUCAAUCAGAGGCGUGAGCUUGCUUUUGCCGGCUGAUUUCAUUUAUAUUAGGUUUAAUUUGAGCAAGCAAACUCUCCUCCUUGUUGUUGUUUAAUCGUUUAGUCGUGUCCGCCUCUUCGUGACCCCCUGGACCAGAGCAUGCCAGGCACUCCUGUCUUCCACUGCCUCCCGCAGUUUGGUCAAACUCAUGCUGGUGGCUUCGAGAACACUGUCCCACCAUCUCGUCCUCUGUCGUCCCCUUCUCCUUGUGCCCUCCAUCUUUCCCAACAUCAGGGUCUUUCCCAGGGAGUCUUCUCUUCUCAUGAGGUGGCCAAAGUCCUGGAGCCUCAGCUUCAGGAUCUGUCCUUCCAGUGAGCGCUCAGGGCCGAUUUCCUUCAGAAUGGAGAGGUUUCAUCUUCAAUGGAUAGGUUUGACUCUCCUCCUAUUCGGCACAAAUAAGCCUUUCACUUUUCUGAUCUGUCAUAUUUGUCAGAGUUGAAAAUUGCGGCUCACAAUAAUAUGUCGCAGAGAACUGUAGAAUAGCCAAUGCUUUUGAAGAGAGUCAUUUUGGUUGUAUAUCCAGAAGGAGUCCAGCGGCAUACUGCCGUGUGAAACUGAGACUUGGAUAGCUGUCCACAUAUUGUUGACUAACUUUCUUUUUUGGCGGUUUGCUCGUCGAGUCUUCUGCAGCGCUCUGUUCGAACAGCGAUUCUGGAUCUUGAUUAGGAUUGUCCUCAGUUUUGCUUGAUGCUCUUGCUCCCGUUUUGAAAGGAAAUCUACCCAUAUUCUGCAAAUAAAUUAAAAAAUACUUUGAUAAUGUAGUAUACAGUGGUAACUUGGUUCUCAAACGCCUUGGUACUCAAACAAGUUGGAACCCAAGCGUUGCAAAGCCAGAAGUAAGUGUUCUAGUUUACGAACUUUUUUCAGAAGCCGAGUAUGCUCCGUUUUGAGUGUUACAAUGAGUUCUGUCUGCUUUUGCUAUUUAUUUUGCCUUUUUGUUUUUGCAGCUCUUUUUGUUCUGUUUUUGUGACUGCGUGGAACCCAGUUCAGCUACUGACUGACUGCUUGUGUGACUGCAGUACGUUGUUUAUUGCUUUCAUUUCAUGGAUCAGUGGUCUCGUUAAAUAGUAAAAUCCAUGUUAAAUUGCUGUUUUAGGGGUUGUUUUUAAAAGUCUGGAACGGAUUAAUCCAUUUUGCAUUACUUUCUAUGGGAAAGCGCACCUUGGUUUUGGAACGCUUUGGUUUUGGAACAGACUUCCGGAACGGAUUAAGUUUGAGAACCAAGGUACCACUGUGCUGCACUGAAAUGUUUCCAUGUUUAUCUGAUUGUCCUUGAAUCUUCCCUCCACACUUGCCUUCCUCUCUUGCCGUUUUAACCUCACUGUGUGCUGUGUUGCAUAUGUUAUCUUUGCAAAUAUGUACAUAGCCGCUAAGCAGGGCAAUCUCACCUGGACGUAAGCUGUACGGAAUUCGGUGGGAUUUACCUCUGAGGAAACGUGUACAGGAUUGCGAUGUUACAAAUCAUUUGGGGGGGAAAUGUUGUGCUCAGGUUCCGAGAGGGCAACCUGUGAACCUCAAAACGCUUGGCUCAAAUCUCAGCUGAGGAUUUUGUGGGUGAUUGCCACCUGCCUCAGUUCCUCUGUCUGCAGUAUGGGAGCAAGAACGCGUCUCUCAAAGUUGUGUGUUAACACAUGUCUUUGUGAUGUGCUUUUGGUACUUAAUCAGUGCUCACGGCUGGAGGUUGUUUUUUUUUAAACAAUAAUAUUUAUUAAGUUUCAUAUAAAAGCACAACUUCAACAUAACAGAAAAAGGUAAAACAACAAUGAGAAAAAAGAAAAGGAAAAAACCCAAAGAAGUAAAACGUUUCCAACCCCAUAAUACCACCACAUACAUAGAUACAAUAAAACUUGAUGAAUUAAAAUCCAACUUCAUAAACAUAUUACUUGACUUCCUCAAAUCUCUUCCAACUGAAUUUCUUUGUAAUUGAUUGUAGCAGUUUCCAAUAUCAUUAUUUCAUAUAACAAUAAUCCGGUCAUAAUCAUAUUUCCUAACUUUUCUUAUGGAAUAAUUUUUAUUUAUUUAUUUAGUCCCUAUUUAAUCCCAAGCCUAAUUAAUUCUUUCAAGUAGUUACAAAUCUUUAAUAUUACAAUAUUUAUUCAAAUAAUAUUUAAAUUUCUUCCAUUCUUCUUGAUAUUCCUCUUCUUUCUGGUCGCAGAUUCUCCAGGUCGGCUGGAGGUUGUUAUAGUGGUUGCAACAUUGCAUAGCCUAGUUUAAUGUUGUGUAGCCUAUUAAUAAUGAUAAUAUUUAUUUGUUUAUAGCAUUGCUAUUCUGCAUCAUGGGGUGGUUGUAUUAGACAACGUCCCUUCCAACUUGAGGGGGUCUUUGUGGAUCUCCCCCUCCUUAUUUAACCCCCACAACAACUGUGAGGUAGGCUAGGCUGAGAGGCAGGGACUGGCCCCCAGGGGCACCCAGUGAACGUCGAGUGGCGAGAUUUGAACCCAGGUCCCUCCCAGGUGCUAGUCUGACUGACAAUCUUCACCACUGGCUCUCUAGAUAAGGACAGAAUGGUAACAUCUCAAUGGUAGUAGCAUUUCACGUUUCACCUGCAUUUAAAUGGCCAAGCAAAUUUUGCAGAGGUUGUGUAUGGUACUUCAAUUUUUAUUUUAUUUUUUAAAAAUACAUACAGAAGCUAACGGUGCGGUCCUGUGCGUGUUUACUUGGAAGUAAGUUCCGCUGUCUUCAGUGGGACUUACUCCCAGGCAAGGAGUCUAGAGUCAGCAGCCUAGGCGGGCCUUACUUACGAGUAGGUCCCCUUGAAGACAGCAAAGACCUCUGCCUUGCGACUCAAAACACAACCUUGCGGCACAAAACUUGUGACAUCCCCUGUGAAAUUUCGGGUCACUGGCAGCUGUGUGGGUGGGUGACCAAACUCAAUAUUUGCUGACUGGAAUAAAACUUUGGCACCAGGAAACUGGAUUUCGAAAUUCACGGGUUGCGUUCUGAUGGCCUCCGGGAUGAGUUUACCUGCGUUUUGAGGUGUGAGUUGUCACUUCCUCUCCAUUGACCUGGGAGCCUAAGACCUGGACAUUGUACUUUUGAAGAUGAACAAGUUGUGUGUUUUUUUACACACAGACACAGAAUUUUGAAUCCCGUGAUACUUUGCCUGCUCUGAAUAGUCUUAAUAUAGUUUUUACAGUUGCUUUCAAUCAAAGAGUUAAAAUUUUGCUCAAAAAUGCUUCGGGCGUAACAGACUUUCUGGAGUGCUUCAGUAAAUAGUUGGUGUUGGGUUUUUUUGAGGCAUUUUUUUAAAGGUUUGCUUUACUUGGUUUCCUAGACAUUUCACCAUUCAGUGCUAGUUGUAUAGGGCACAGUUUUUGCAAUUUUCCUGCCCCCUACGGACCACUUGAAAAUUGUGGAGGGUCUUGAUGGACGACUUAAAUCUUUCUCUAUAACGCAGCGUGCAAGGAGCUGUACGAUUUUCAAAAAAUUUUUUAACAGAGCAGCUGAAAAGCUUGUGGACCGCUGGUAUAUUAAAACAACGAAUCGUUUAAAUUUUAUAUUACGUCUUUUUGAUUUUAAUGAUCUUUUCUAUUUGUGUGUAUGUGUGUGUAUGUUUCAUGUUUCAUCUGUUGUUUUAAUUUGUGUAAGCCAGUCUUGGGGGGGGGGGGAGGCAGGAUAUAAAUAAAUGCGAUGAUAAUGAUGAUAAUCUGAAGGCAGCCCUGUUUAGGGAAGUUUUUAAUGUUGGAUGUUUUAUCGUGUUUUCUACAUUUCUGCUGAGAGCUGACCAGAGUGGCUGGGGAAACCCAGCCAGAUGAGUGGGGUAAAGGUAAAGGGAUCCCUGACCGUUAAGUCCAGUUGCUUACGACUCUGGGGUUGCGGCGCUCAUCUCACCUUAUUGGCCAAGGGAGCCGGCGUACAGCUUCCGGGUCAUGUGGCCAGCAGGACUAAGCCGCUUCUGGCGAACCAGAGCAGCGCAUGGAAACGCCGUUUACCUUCCCGCCGGAGCGGUGCCUAUUUAUCUACUUGCACUUUGAGGUGCUUUUGAACUGCUAGGUGGGCAGGAGCAGGGACCGAGCAACGGGAGCUCACCCGGUCGCGGGGAUUCGAACCGCCGACCUUCUGAUCAGCAAGUCCUAGGCUCAGUGGUUUAGACCACAGUGCCACCCGUGCACUGUCAUACCUCGGGUUAAAGUCGCUUCAGGUUGAGCGUUUUCAGGUUGUACUCCAUGGCGACCUGGAAGUAACGGAAUGCGUUACUUCCGGUUUUCACCGCUUGCUCAUGCGCAGACGCUCAAAAUGAUGGCACGUGCAGAAGCGGCGAAUCGUGACCUGUGCACACGCAGACGCAGGUUGCGUUCUGCUGUGGAUGCGAACGGGGCUCCGGAACGGAUCCUGUUCGCAUCCAGAGGUACCACUGUAUUAUUAUUUAUAAUAAUGGUAGUAGUAGUAGUAAAAAAAUAAAUAAAACCAACAUAAAAAUAUAAUAAACAGCAGCACUGGCUGUUGUCCUGCUGCCUCCCUGUGGAGGGUGGGGCACAUUGAGGCUUUUGUUGUGUGAGCAGAGCAUGGGACCAGACCUAAUCUUCUGAUUUACUCAUUGGGUGACCCACCCACCUGUCCGCCCCCUGCAGGUAUUGCAGGUAUGCAGUGCUCUUGCAAAGAGAAGGGGUGUGUGAGAGAGAUGGAGAAACAAAGAACAGAAUGGAAGCAGAGAGGGGAGGCGUUGGCUGUCCUGGUUGACUUUUUCUUAUUCAUAGCUUUAUCGCCGUAUCUUUUUGUAAACAACCACCGGGGAAUCUCCCUGCAGGGUGCUGUGGGGGAAAGCCUUCGCCCGUGUGGUUCUCAACAGAUUACAGUCUCUUGCAGACAGUCACAAUGCGGCUUUAGAGCUCAGAGGUCGACAGUCGACAUGAUUUCCUCGUUGCGCCAGCGGCAGGGAAAUGCCAAGGGCACAGAAGCCCCCAGGACAGCAUCGCCUUCGUAGACCUGAUGGAGGCCUUUGACCUCGUCGGCCAAAAAGGACUCUUCACUCUGCUCAAUGAGAUUUCCACCUGAGCUUUGCAAGAAGAUUGUAUCCUUCUGCAAGAACACACAGCACUAUACAAUAGGAUGGACACCUUCCCUACAGAGAGUGGUAUGAAACAGGACUGUGUUCUUGCCCCAAACCUCUUUGGCAUAUUCUUCUCCCUUUUGUUCUCCAAGACUCUUGAGAGUCCCAUGGACUGCAAGAAGAUCAAACCUCUCCAUUCUGAAGGAAACCAGCUCUGAGUGCUCCCUGGAAGGACAGAUCCUGAAGCUGAGGCUCCAAUCCUUUGGCCACCUCAUGAGAAGAGAAGACUCCCUGGAAAAGACCCUGAUGUGGGGAAGGAUGGAGGGCACAAGGAGAAGGGGAUGACAGAGGACGAGAUGGCUGGACAGUGUUCUCGAAGCUACCAGCAUGAGUUUGACCCAACUGCGGGAGGCAGUGGAAGACAGGAGUGGCUGGCGUGCUCUGGUCCAGGGGGUCACGAAGAGUCGGGCACAACUAAAUGACUAAACAACAACAACAACAGCUCGAGAAGAGGACCCAAACCAACGGAUUCAAAUUACAAGAAAUGAGAUUCCAGCUAACCCUUAUGAACAGGCAUAGGUAAACUCGGCCCUCCAGAUGUUUUGGGACUACAACUCCCAUCACCCCUGACCACUGGUCCUGUUACCUAGGGAUGGUGGAAGUUGUACUCCCAAAACAGCUGGAGGGCCGAGUUUGCCUGUGCCUGCUUAUGAAGAAGUUUCAGACGGUAAGAGCAGUUUUGGCAGUGGAACGGACCCCCUGGAAAGUUGUGACCCCCCUUCAUUUCCUGACCUGCCUCACAGAGUUGUUCUGGGGAUUAAAAGAAUCAUCGUUACCGAUUUGAGCUUUGAAGAAAAGGCGGAAUAUAAAUGUAGUAGGUCGAUAAAACAAACCCAGGUGUGGUGAGGUAGCGACUGCAGCAGGAUUUCACCCAUAGCAUCCAUAAAAUGGGCAUUUUGUCUUGUUUCAUGGAGUCGAUUUCAGACUGAAGAGCAGCCUGAAUUCGCAUGCAUGGCUAUUAAAAGGGCUUUCUGCACCGUCAGAAUUCAGUGGCCUAAAAUUAUCUUGGAAGAUUUUUUAGCCCGCUCCGUCUGGAAGCCCAGACGGCUAAGAACAGCUCCUUACUCAGCAAAGCAGCAAUGCUGUAAGACGGGCCCAGACUGAUCCCAUUUCGCAGAUGAGGGCAUGUCCGCCACAGAGUAGAGGCUGCUCAGAGCCAUGAGAUAUUUUUAACUGGUUUACUGGAAUUAUUUAUAUCCUGCCUUUCUAGCGGUAUUGUUGAGCCAAGUUCUGAACCCUGGACUUGCCAAGUCCCAGUCCUGCGUCUUAACUUGGCUUUCUCUUUGAGCAGGCCAGCAUGCUCAUCCCUGACUGUGAUGGCUGGUGAGCAGGGUCUGUCCAACCCCUUAGACCAGUGGUGGCCAAACUCGUCCCUACAGAUGUUUUGGGACUACAAUUCCCAUCAUCCCUGACCACUGAUUCUGUUAGCUAGAGAUGAUGAGCGUUGUAGUCGUGAAACAUCUGGAGGGCCGGGUUUGGCCACCACUGCCUUAGACCUAUUAGUACAGUGGUACCUCAGGUUAAGUACUUAAUUCGUUCCGGAGGUCCAUACUUAACCUGAAACUGUUCUUAACCUGAAGCACCACUUUAGCUAAUGGGGCCUCCUGCUGCCCCCACACGAUUUCUGUUCUCAUCCUGAAGCAAAGUUCUUAACCCGAGGUAAUAUUCCUGGGUUACAGGAGUAUGUAACCUGAAGCGUAUGUAACCCGAGGUACCACUGUAGUAGUAGUAGUAGUAAUGAUAAUAAUAAUAGUAAUAAUAAUAAUAAUAAUAAUAAUAAUUUAGUUGUACUCCGCCCACCCAUCUGGUCAGGUUUCCCUAGCCACUCUGGGCGGCUCCCAACAGAAUAUUAAAAACUCAAUAAAACAUCAAACAUUAAAAACUUCCCUAAACAGGGCUGCCUUCAGAUGUCUUCUAAAUGUCAGAUAGUUGUUUAUUUCUUUGACAUCUGGUGGGAGGCUGUUCCACAGGGCGGGUGCCACCACCGAGAAGGCCCUCUGCCUGGUUCCCUGUAGCUUUGCUUCUCGUGGGGAGGGAACUGCCAGAAGGCCCUCGGAGCUGGACCUCAGUGUCCGGGCAGAACGAUGAGGGUGGAGACGCUCCUUCAGGUAUACUGGGCCGAGACCGUUUAGGGCUUUCAAGGCCAGGCAGCACAGCAGGGUUUGACACCUGUCAGCAUCACUGAAUGUCCACAAGUUGUUGUGUUUUGAGAGUGGGAGAAGAAUGUCUCUCUAGCCGCUUUCUGCACGCUAAACAUAGUUGCAUAAACCUUUAUCGUGUUGCGUUUUGCUUGCCUUUUCUCUAACCUAAGAUGUCCUAAGCGUCGCAACCUUCCCUCCACCCCCUUGAUCUUUUGAGUCACCAUUUUGUACACCUUUCCAACUCCUGCUACCAUCGUUAGUGCGUAGCGGUGACGGGAACUGAAGAGAAGAAUAGGCUACUGGAUCUAGUCCAGAGGAGCACCCUGUUGGCUAAACUUGUUCUCAACCCAUUCCUCCAACUUUUCACCAUCUCGAUCCCUAUCAGAUUCCUGGAUAUGAAGUGAUUUGGGGGGAAAAUUAAGGGAAAAGGCUAUGGAGAUAAGUUGUAUUUGCAUUCCUAUCUGGCUAUGGUCACCUUCAGGGACGCGGGUGGCGCUGUGGGUUAAACCACAGAGCCUAGGACUUGCCUAUCAGAAGGUCGGAGGUUCGAAUCCCCGCAACGGGGUGAGCUCCCGUUGCUCGGUCCCAGCUCCUGCCAACCUAGCAGUUCGAAAGCACGCCAGUGCAAGUAGAUAAAUAGGUACUGCUCCAGCGGGAAGGUAAACGGCGUUUCCGUGCGCUGCUCUGGUUCGCCAGAAGCGGCUUAGUCAUGCUGGCCACAUGACCCGGAAGCUGUACGCCUGCUCCCUCGGCCAAUAAAGCGAGAUGAGCGCCACAACCCCAGAGUCAGUCGCGACUGGACCUAAUGGUGAGGGGUCCCUUUACCUUUAUGGUCACCUUCAGAUGGGCAAUAUAAUCUGGGAGAGAUCCAGGCACGUGCUGGAAUCUGAAGUUUGCACAGUUAAAAGUGGAUUAAAGUGCGCUGCUGUCCUAGCGCAACACACCCAUUUUAAAAAGGGGUUUGGGGAGCGAUGACGAAAUGCGCGUAAAAGUGUGGGAUGAACAAAUGGUUAAUGGGAAGAUGCAUGGCAUGUCAGGAUGUCGUUGUAGACCCGCCCCGUGAAUAAAUUGGAACGUAUGCUCUGUAGAGAUUGGACACCGUCUAACCUCCGUGGAAGCUUUGCGCAAGUGAAUCAGGAUGAGCGUUCAGUAAAUGGGUCAUUUGGAUGAGCCUAUAGCAAGGGGGUGAAGCCCCUGGAUUGAGACAUGUCUGUCAACUCCGCCUAACUCCAAUUCAAACUUCCAUUUCGUUGGGAAUGUUGUCAAAGAACCGCUCUUGGGAGUUUCGCUUUCUACUGGAGCAUUCUGGAGAUUAGCUUGAGGUACCAAAGUUUUCCUUGUGACCCAGGCCCACCAUCUUUGACGGGGGAAUUGCAGCCUCUUCAUCCCAUGCAAUCAUUGUCCUUUGCUGGCGAUGCGAUGGCAGGAUCCCCUCUGAGUGUUUGCAGAGGGCUGCACGUGUGGCAAUUAAAGCAACGUAAACCCAAUGUACUUUAUGUUGUUUAUAAUAAUAAUAAAAUUUUAUUUAUAUCCCGCCCUCCCCAGCCGAAGCCGGGCUCAGUGAACUGAAAUGUUUUGUAAUGUAAACAUAAGGAACUGAUUUGCCGAUAAUAAGGUGAAAUAUUAUAAUUUGACAAAGGGUAAAUAAGUGAAAUGCAAAGGAUAUGGAAAGUUAUGUGGAAGUCAGAAAGAGGGAGGGAAGGAGGCCGAUGCUCUUACAGAGUGAUAUAUUAAGCCAUAGAAUUAUGUAAUAAAAUGUGAAUAUGAUUUAGUGGAAAACUCAAUAAAAAUUACUUUAAAAAAGAAGACGAGAGAAUGGAGGUUUGGUGGUCCCCUGUAUGGUGCCCGUCUCUGGUGCCAUCCCCGAGCCAGGCCCUCUGCACAUGCCCAGAAGACAUGUUCUCUCCGCUGCAGAUUCCAGAGCUCUGAUUGAGCUCGGGCUUCUUCUGGGAACCUUGCUUGUUCGGCUGCAGCCUUCUUUCAAUACAGGCGGAAUUGUUGCCGAAUUUUGGAAGCUCAAACUUCUGUUUACACAGCCGAGGCUCAUCCGGUUGUUGAAAAAGCCAUCCCUCCGCUUCUCGUCUGCCGCUUCCUGCCAGCGCUGUCCCUGGGGGGCGAGGGGGAGACGGACGCGUGGGCACCGGCGUUGCUUGCCUGCCAUCCUCCCGGCUUGUUUUGCUUUUUUAAAAAAGCUCCCCUGGUCAAAUGCAAAAUAAAUGAAUAUCUCUACUAUACUUGGCUGCACAAACACUCGCUGCACAAGGAAGCUCUCUUUCUCUCCUGCCUCUCUGCCACCGCUCCCGAGACACCCCAGGCUUGGUCAAACCGCAUUGAAAGCAGCUUCUACUGGGAAGGCGAUUGUUGUUUGAGAGGCCCCUGCGUUUGGGACUGGGGGGCAGGUCUCCCUGGUGCCUCUCUUUGGGCUGGCUCGGCCUCCCCGCUCUGUAUUUUUAGACAUCGCGCAAGGCCGCCAGCACACAGCUGACGGCUUGCUGCAGAGCUUUUCAUCGAACAGAACCGUGGAAUUGUCGAGUUGGAAGGGACCCCAUGGGGGCAUCUAGUCCAACCCCCUACGGUGCUUCGACGAAUCGAAUUCCAGAGUUUCAUAGAAACACAGAAUUGUAGAGCUGGGAGGAACCUUGAGGGUUGUGUAGUCCCACCCCUUCAGAGCGGGGAUCCUGCCCACAGCCAUCCCUAGGUGGGCUCUGUUAUGUACUGAAGUUCUCACCUUGGGCCAGCAGGGGGAUACUGUAGAUAGUUCAGGUCCACAUAUGCAAAUAAGGGCUCGAAAGUGACGUUCAGUGAUUGGAUAGUUACAGAAAGUUGUUACAGUUACGUUGUAGUGGAGCUCUAUAUAAGCAGGCUGGCUGAACCCUUCAGUUCAGUUCUGUUCUGACCUGUGAAUAAACAAGAACUGUUUUGGAGAAUCGCUGUGUCGUCUGAUAUGUUCACCCACAAUUUAACAGGCUCGAACCACCAACCUUCUGGUUAGUAGCCAGAUGCAUGGACCCAUCGCGCCACGACCACCCGUGGUGUUUUUGGAGUUCCCACAAAAGAUGGCUGCAUGCAAGGUGGCCCAGUCGGACCUGCAGAGCUCAGUCUGUUGGGAAGUUGUUACUUACUAGACCCAGAAACUCCAGCGGGUGCAGAAUGCCGUGGCGAGGCUUCUUCUUCUUCUUUUUUUUUAAAUGAUAUUUAUUAAGAGUUUUUAGAGUUACAAAAAAGAAACAAGGAAAAAGAAAAAACAAAGGAAAAACAAGCCACAAUCAAACAAUACAAAUUGAAAAAAAUCAGAAUCAAAAGAUAACACAUCACAAUCAAAAAAACAAAAAUAUGCCACAAACAUUUAAAAACAAAUCCAAUAUUCUCAAAUCCUUAAUUGUCAUUACCUUCUUUCUUUGACCUCCUCACCCCUCCCUUUCCCCCCCAUAUUUCAUAAUAUUCUAUCAUUUCAUUACCUUAAUCUAUUUUAAUCUUAUCUUACUAUAAAAAACCUUAAAAUUUAAAACUUAGAUCUUAUUUAUACCAAUUUCUCAUAACCAUAAUAUUCUUACAUAAUUCUUUAAACAUUUUUGCUAAAGCCAAAUAAUUUCGUUCCAACAUUUUUCCAACGUUCACCAAUUUUAUAAAACAAUCCUAAUAAUUUUUUUCCCCUUUUCUUCCAAUCUUCAUCCUCUUCCUCCUGGUCCCGGGUUUUGCCAGUCCUUUCUAUCUCAUCAAUCUGGCACAUUAACCUGGUAAUCUUAUGUCCGAGGCCCUUAAGUCCCUUCCAUGUCCCUUCCGCGGCUCUUCUUCAUAUUUAUACCAGUACUUUACUUUGUCUCCUGCUCCUUUCACUUGUGGGAACUCCAACUUAACAAUGUUUUUGACCCUUCUCAACAAAUCAGCCCCUUUUCCAUAGUCCCCAGUAAACUCCAUGUGGUAUUUAAAAACAUAUUUCAAAGUCCCUCCAAAAUUAAGAGCCCCCACAACCCCAAACAUCUCACGGCCCAUUGCCAGACUUGAAAAGUCCAAACAUCUCUGCAUAGGGGGGUCUAUCCAGCCCCCCCAUUUCCAAACCAAACCAAACUUUAUCUUUCCAAAUCUGGCUUUUUCCAAGUUCAUUUAUCAAAUCCAAGAACUCAUGUUCCUGCUGGGCUGCAGCUCCCUCCAUCUCUGGCGCCCAAUGUUCAGCAACAUCCUCUCUCAUCUGUUCUGUCAAAGCACACUCCUGAUUUAAAUCCUGGGUGGGCUCUAUAUAAUUUCCCACUGCCUGUCCAAAAUUUCUGAUCGCAUCAGUCAUCAAGUCCGUCUUCUCAUAUAGCUUCUCAUAAGGAGUGCUGUUCUAACUCUGCUUGAAGGCCUGGCUUGUGCUUUUGAGAACUGUGACACUGGGGGGGGGGGGCGUUUCUGGAGGUCAAGCCAGAACAUUUGUAUUUUGCAUUGCCUUACUCCAUCAAAGCCCAUUCGGCCGCUUUGUGCAUUGCAGUGGGUUGGACUAGAUGACCCUCUCAGGGGUCCCUUCCAACACUACAAAUCUGUGAUUGGCAGAACCGGCAUGGUUACAGUUUCCGCGUUUCGUAGAAUCAUAGAACGGUGGAGUCGGAAGGGACCCCUGGAGGUCAUCCAUUCCAACCCCUGGCAAUGCAGGAAUCUCAGCUAAAGCAUCCAGGACAGAUGGCCAGCCAAAUUCUGCUUGAAAACCUCCAAGGAAGGAGAGUCCACCACCUUACAAGGAAAACUGUUCCACUGUUUAGACAGAAUCUCUCCUUUUGUAACUUGAAUCCGUUUUUGGGUGGCAUAAUCAGUACUCUGGAACUCCCUGCCACUUGACAUUAGGGAAGCGCCUUUACUAUAGUCUUCUUGAUAUACUAUAUUUUUGAAUAUACUAUAUUUUUGAAUGUUUUGAAGCAUCGUUUUUACUGAUACAGUGGACGCUCGGGUUGCGAACGUGAUCCGUGCGGGAUGCGCGUUCGCAACCUGCUGCAUUCGCAACCCGCACUUGCACAUGCGCAGGUUGUGAUUGGGCGCUUCUGCGCAUGCGCGGCCGCCGAAACCCGGAAGUAACCCGUUCUGGUACUUCCAGGUUUUGGCGUCCGCAACCCGAAAAACCACAACCUGAAGCGGCUGUAACCCGAGGUAUGACUGUAGUUUUACAGCGUUAUUCUCUUUGUAAGCCUCUUUAAGGUUUGUUCGUUUUACAACCGAGAGGUGGAUAGAUUUUAUGGAGAAAACAAAUGUGAAAAUGCAAUCUCCCGUGACCUAACCUUUGCUGCCCCUUUUUCUCUCUGCAGCGGGUCCGAAAUGGCGAGUGUUCUCUCCAGGAGGCUUGGGAAGCGGUCCCUGCUGGGCGCCCGAAUUUCCGCUCCCCCCUUGCUGGGGGACGGGGUGCUGAUGAUGGCCCAGCUCCCUCCCUUGCAGACGGAGCACCCCAAAGAGUCUCCUCGUCUGGCUUCGUGUGAAGACGGCCGCUUCAAAGAGCCCGUCGGAGACUCUGGCGGUCAGGGCCAGAACUGGCCACUCCUUCAACCGGGCCAAAAGGUAACCGAACCAAUUUAUUCUGUUGGGUGUGGUAGCAUGUAAAAGGGGUUCUGGUCCUUGUCAAUAUCUCAAAUUAUGCAUGAUUUCCCUCUAUUACAGCUAUAUUCCAGAGUGAGCGAUUUCAUGUUUUCAGGUGUUGUAUACAGCUUUGGUUUUUUUUCUUUAAAAUGUAAAGCGCUAUAUAAAUGCAGUGCUUUUUUCCUUAAAAAAAUGUUUGGGAGUACUCUCAUUUUCCUACUCAUAUUGAAAUACUGCCCCUCAACGAGGCCAAACUUCGAUUCGCAAAAUGUAUAGGGGUAUCCGUUCCCCCAGAAAAAAGCACUGUAUAAAUGAAUUUUUUUAAACAUAAGGCCAUUCCCACCAAUUAUGCAUCAACAAACCAUAGUUGCCUUUGAUAAGACAUACCGUAUUUUUCGCUCCAUAGGGCGCACCGGACCAUAGGGCGCACCUAGUUUUUAGAGGGGGAAAUCAAGAAAAAAAAUCUUAUUUCCCCCCCAGCCCCAAAGAGCAGCGUACAGGCUGCGCGCAACCUCUCCCUGCCGGAGGGGUUGCGCGCGGCCAUGGCACAAGCCAAGGCAGCGAGCGGGAUGGAUCCCGCUCGCUGUUUUGGCUUCCUCUUUAGCCCCGCGCAACCUCUCCCUGCUGGGAGAGGCUGCGCAGGGCUAAAGAAGCCAUAGCCGUGUGCAGCCUCUCCCUGCCGGAGGGGUUGCGCACGGCUAUCCCUGAAGCCUUCCGAGCGCAGUGCAAGUUCCCGCUGCGCUCCUCAGGCUUCGGGUUCCUUUUGCUGAAGCCGGGAGAGCAAGACUCUCCUGGCUUCAGCGAAAGGAACCUGAAGCCUCCAGAAUGCAGCGGGAACUUGCGCUGCGCUCCGAAGGCCUUCAGGCGGCUAUCCCUGAAGCCUGGAGAGCGAGAGGGGUCGGUGCGCAACGAUGCCUCUUGCUCUCCAGGCUUCAGCGAAAGCAACGGGAAGCCUCCGGAGCGCAGAGGGAGCUCUCCCUCUGCGCUUCGGAGGCUUCGCGUUGCUAUCGCUGAAGCCAAGGAGCCUGCAUUCGCUCCAUAGGAUGCACACACAUUUCCCCUCAAUUUUUGGAGGGGAAAAAGUGUGUCCUAUAGAGCGAAAAAUACGGUAACUGUCCAGGGAUCCUUUACCUUGUUUACCUUUUUACCUGUGGUUGGCCACUUUGAGAUGUUGGACUAGAUGGGCUCUUGGCCUGAUCCAGCAACCUCUUAGGAUUUUAUAUGCAGAUGCUACUCUGAGCCAGUGAGUCUGGUCCCCAGCUAAUCUAUCCUCCAAACAGGCUGCUGUUUUAUCUCUCGUUUUCUGCUGCCCAUUCCAUACCGGCUUGUACAUUACAGCACCUUCAGUCUUUCCAUAGGGUAACCAGAGUUCUCUAUAAAUAGCUCCCAGGAAUAACUAUCACAAGUGGGCCCAGAUACAAUUACAUACGUAAAAAUAGACUUUGGGAAUUAAGGCAGUGGCUCUGUGUCCAAUUAGGUCACUGUGGAGAGGGGAAACCCAUCUAGGCCGUGGAUAUCAGGUCUCCCAGAUGAGCUUGUCCCAGCUGGAUAAAUGGGUCAUAGAAUUGUAGAACUGUAGAGGCAGAAGGGACACCAAAGGACAUCUAGUCCAGCCCCCUGAGAUGCAGGAAUCUCAAGCACAAGUGUCUGCUUAGAACAGAAUAGAAUUUAUUAUUUAUACCCCGCCCAUCUGGCUGGGUUUCCCCAGCCACUCUGGGCGACUUCCAGCAGAAUAUUAAAAUAUAGUAAUGCAUCAAACAUUAAAAGCUUCCCUAAACAGGGCUGCCUUCAGAUGUCUUCUAAAAGUCUGGUACAGUAGUUGUUGUUCUCUUUGACAUCUGGUGGGAGGGCAUUCCACAGGGCGGGUGCCACCACCGAAAAGGCCCUCUGCCUGGUUCCCUGUAACUUGGCUUCUCGCAGGGAGGGAACCGCCAGAAGGCUCUCGGCGCUGGACCUCAGCAUCCGUGCAGAUUAAUGGGGGUGGAGAUGCUCCUUCAGGUAUACUGGACCUGCUUGUUAGGAUUUCGGAUUCGUUUUAAAUGCAUUUGUGCUUUCAGUUAUCUUAGGUGUGAAUUGCAUUGAGACGGUGCUUCGGAAGUCAGUGAACCCAACAAAUAGCGGGAAUAAUAACACAGCCUUUGCUAGUCAAACACCCUCUUCACUCCUGCUAGGCUGAAGGUGCAAUUGUCUUCAGGACACUGAGAGGGUAGCUCAGUUGGUAGAGACCACAAGGCUCUUAAUCUCAGGGCCGUGGGUUCGAAACUCCAUGUUGGGCUAAAGAUUCCUGCAUUGCAAAUGAUCCUCGUGGUCCUUUGCAAAGCUAUGAUUCUAUGACACAAUGGGGCCUAUUUUCAGGGGUUUAGUAUAUUUUAUUUCUCAGAUUUGCACGCUUCCCUUCAUCCUUAAAUCUCAGGGUGGUUUGCAACUUGAAAACCCAAGGCAUGAAGAAGUAUGGCAAGGAAAAUUGAUGGACUUUGUAGAACUGGCAAAACUGACACAUAAACUACGGGACAAGGAUAACUGUGACUUUAAAGAUGAAUGGGAACCUUUUACAAAGUAUUUAAAGACGCAGCAAAGUGAAUUGGACUCCUUGGCAGGUUUUGAUGAAACACUCACAAACUUUUUACAGUGUUAUCUCUGGUUACAUACGCUUCAGGUUACAGACUCCGCUAACCCAGAAAUAUUACCUCAGGUUAAGAACUUUGCUUCAGGAUGAGAACAGAAAUUGUGCUCUGGCGGCGCGGCGGCAGCAGGAAACCCCAUUAGCUAAAGUGGUGCUUCUGGUUAAGAACAGUUUCAGGUUAAGAACGGACCUCCGGAACGAAUUAAGUACAUAACCCGAGGUACCACUGUAUUGAUAACAACCAGUUAGACAAAUUAAGGAUCUAUACAAAUCUGUAACAGGCAGAGAAUAGCAUUUAUAGAGAAACCAGAGAUUGGAACGGAGGGAAGUCAGGGUGGGGUGGGUUGUUUUGUUUUACAGGAGGGGGGGAUGGGGGGAAUUAAGGAUGAUAUGUGUUUAAGAUAACAUGUUUUGUUUAAAUUGCUAAUAAAAAAUUAUUAAAAAAGAAAAGAAAACCCAAGGCAUAAUAAUAUACACUGGGCUUGGGGGUUUGAGCCCGAAAUGGCCGCCGUGACGCUAGAGCGCCUUUCCUCCUCCCUUUAUAGGUCUACGUCUUCUACAAAGGGCAAGAAGCCCCCGGCUUGGUGGAACACCACGACCUCCUCAGCAACGAGGUGAAGGUGCUUCUUCUGGAACAGGGCUUCUAUGUCUGCCGGAAAGCCGAGGAAGUGAGACUGGCUAACAUCCAGGCCUUGCCUCUCCCAGCCCUGGAGAUGGACCUCGGAGCUCCUGCCACGACGGGCUACGACGCCGUCCCAGUGGCCAUGGACCACAGACCGACCACGGAAGCAGCUGCUGCGGCAGCACCAGGACCCAGGUCGGUCUCUCGGAGCAUCGACGUGCCAAAAAGGUGAGUCCCGGAUGUUUUGCUCGUGGCUGCGUAAUACUCAUUUCCUUACGACGUGGAUUGAGUAUUCUUUUAGCGUCACCAAAAUGGUGGCCCCCAGAUGCAUAGCUGUCAACUUAACAGAUUUGAAAAUAAGGGACCAGCAGCCUCGAAAAUAAGGGACCAGCAGCCAAAAUAAGGGAUUUUAGUCUACCAGCUGAAAUACGAAGUUAUAAGGGACCAGAUAAUUUUGGAGAGCAGCGCCGGUUUUUAGCCCUUCGUUUCCAGAGGUUGCUGCUCAAGACACCAGCUGAUGAAAUACUGCAAUUAAAGAACUACAAGCAGCAACCACUUUUUGCGCAAAACGAAGUCCAAGCUACGAAGAUGCUGCUGCAGUUCUGCAUCUUUUCUCUUGUGUUCCAUCUGCUGCUCUCAGUUCCAUCAGGCGGGGCAGGAGGAAGGGGGGGGAAAUAGUGCCCGAAGUAAACCCGCAGAUCAGACCAUCUAUGCUAGUCUCCCACUACAGAUCUAUGGGAGAAGCGCUUGCGGUCCUUCCUCUGCUUUCCUCCUCUACGGUUAGCCCUUGGAACACCUGCCUGCGCCUCCGCCGCCUCCUCCUCCUCCUCCUCUCUCUGAACUGCUUUCUCUAUGGUUGCGCUCGCUCUCCUCUCAAGGCCCCUCAGCAAUUCAUAGGCCGCGCCAGGCUGCCCAUCUCAUCUGGGUCCUUCGGCAGCGCAACCGCAGUACGUCCUAGCGAGAGCGGCGGCGACGGGCAGAGGCGCUCAGGAGGAGGAUGGCGGCAGAAGGGCCCAAGGCUCCCGCCAGUCCUGGCGGGGAGGGGCUCCCGGGGGCCAAGGCUGGCGAGAGGAGGCCGGAGGGGGGCGGGCCGGGCAGCCAAACAACACAGUUGGAGCCUCCUUCCUCCCCAGCCGGCAGGGAGGGAGGGAGAGGAGCUGCUUCCUUUGAAACCUGGGGAAUUUAAGGGACAUUCAUCAGUAAGGGACAGCAGCGGGACACGGUGCUGGGAUAAGGGAGUUUCCCACCAAAUAAGGGACAGUUGACAGCUAUGCCCAGAUGUUUUUUUUCCAGCUUCCUUUGGUUUCCAGAGCAGCUUGCAGUGAUAAGACCUCCUUAAAAACAUGGACCGCCAUUGUUAAAACAGCUGCAAACGGCUGCCCACUUCCUCACUGGAGUUCUUGCCUUUCGAAGGAGUUGGGGCGGCACUGCUGUGCCUUGUUAAACUGGGGUGCAAGUUGGGAGGUUCCUAAAAGGUGUCUUAAGUCCACCCCCCCCCCCGUGAUGCACGAAAUCUGUUACAGCAUCCAUCAUCAAGCAUGUGGUUGGAGGAUGGAUGGCGGUUGGAGGAUGGAUGGCGGCUAACAGGUUGAGGUUGAAUCCUGACAAGACAGAAGUACUGUUUUUGGGGGACAGGGGGCGGGCAGGUGUGGGGGACUCCCUGGUCCUGAAUGGGGUAACUGUGCCCCUGAAGGACCAGGUGCGAAGCCUGGGAGUUAUUCUGGACUCACAGCUGUCCAUGGAGGCGCUGGUCGAUUCUGUGUCCAGGCCAGCUGUUUACCAGCUCCAUCUGGUACGCAGGAUGAGACCCUAUCUGCCUGCAGACUGCAUUGCCAGAGUGGUGCAUGCUCUAGUUAUCUCCCGCUUGGACUACUGCCAUGCGCUCUACGUGGGGCUACCUUUGAAGGUGACCCGGAAACUGCAAUUAAUCCAGAACGCGGCAGCUAGACUGGUGACUGGGAGCAGCCGCUGAGACCACAUAACACCAGUCUUGAUAAACCUACAUUGGCUCCCAGUACGUUUCCGAGCACAAUUCAAAGUGUUGGUGCUGACCUUUAAAGCCCUAAACGGCCUCGGCCCAGUAUACCUGAAGGAGCGUCUCCACCCCCAUCGUUCAGCCUGGACACUGAGGUCCAGCGCCGAGGGCCUUCUGGUAGUUCCCUCAUUGCGAGAAGUGAGGUUACUGGGAACCAGACAGACGGCCUUCUGAGUAGUGGCGCCCGCCCUGUGGAACGCCCUCCCUUCAGAUGUGAAGGAAAUAAGCAGCUAUCUUAUCUUUAAAAGACAUCUGAAGGCAGCCCUGUUCAGGGAAGUUUUUAAUGUUUGAUGCUGUAUUGUUUUAACACUCCAUUGGAAGCUGCCCAGAGUGGCUGGGGAAACUCAGCCAGAUGGGCGGGGUAUAAAUAUAUUAUUAUUAUUAUUAAUAUUAUUAAUAUUAUUAUUAUUGUUAUUAUUUUAUUUUUUCAUUAGUUCUUUGUAAUGUUCAGUCUCCCUUUUCGUGUAACUGCAACCUGUUCUGGUCUCCCACAGAGUUUGCAUAGCAAUAGCAAACAAUACAUCGCCCAGGACCGCUAUGAGGAGCAGAGUGCGAUGGCUGCUUCGCCCAGCGGUAUAUUUGGGGUGUGUGUGUGUGUGUGUGUGUGUGUGUGUGUGUGAAACUGCCGCGUGCUCCUCAGCAGAGCAGCUUAAAGGACACCCCCCCCCAGCUCAUGUGAUCAAGAGGCAGGGUAGGGUCUCUGUUGAACCAAUGAAGCCCAAUGUUUUGACUCUGCAAGGCAACUUCCCGUGUUCCUAAAUCGGGCAGCAGUUUUCAGGGUCUGGGGAGGGCCCCAUCCUGCUUCCAGACACUCCUUUUCAUUGCAGAUGCUGGUGACCGAACGUGGCACCUUCCUUAGUAGCCCCCCCUUGCCUACCUCUGAGUUGCAGCCCAUCUGCGUUAAAGCAGACCAAGACAUUGCAUGGCAGCCCAAGCUGGAAAUUCUAAUGAAAGCUUUCUUAACUCCUGGAUACAACUAAUGCUUAAUUUAAAAAAAAAAAGGGGGGGGGGGAAGCUUUCUCUCCUGACUCCAGGUACGUGAUGUUCUCCAGAUCUGCUCUCGGGGGCUGUUUGGACUCGCCGCUUAAAUAAUUCAUUCUGUUAAAAGCGCCUCUUAUAGAUCUCUCUUCCUGGAGAAGCGGGCGAGCCGAGUUCAGCUUUCCGUGCAGAUUUUGGGGGAAAGAGGCCUGGACUUUCCUUGACCCCCGUGCCGGUUUCAAAGCUGCCUUCUUUUUAAACGCCUGCUAAAAACCAACCAAUUAAAUGUCCUUUUUGAAACCCUCCAUUCAUUGCUGCCUCGUUGAGUCGAUGCUUGCCGUCGUUUCACGACACCAUCCUGAAAUGCCUUCAUAGGAUCAAGGCGUAGAGCGAUUCUUCCGCUGUGGUUCUUGCAUUUCAUUGGGGAGUACCUUCCAGUUCGACGAUUCUAGUUAGAAGAGACCCAAGGGUCAUCUAGUCCAACCCCCUUGUUGAUUGGUUUGGUGGUUUGCACCUGUCUGUCUCGGGAGACAGUGGAGGAAUGCGCUUUUUUGGAGGGGGGGGUCAAACUGUUGGAAGAUUCUUUUUCCCCCCUGGUGCAGAAAUUCAGCCAGCUUGUUGAGCGAUACUCUGAGCUCGAAGCACCCAUUGAAGCAAGCGAGGGACAGUGGCGGGUCAGUACUUUAUAGACAAGGGACUGUCCGGCUCAAGGCAGGCAGUAGCUGACCAGCGAGACACGGUGAUCUCUCCCACCUACGAAGGCAACCUGUGGCACGCCUGCAAUGCAGGAAUAGCAGCUAAUAAUAAUAUUAAUAAUAAUAAUAAUAAUAAUAAUAAUAAUUUAUUAUUUAUACCCCACCCAUCUGGCUGGGUUUCUCCAGCCACUCUGGGCGGCUUCCAACAAAGUAUUAAAAUACAGUGGUCUGUUAAACAUUAAAAGCUAGCAGCUACAUUCUAUUCGGCAGCUAGACUGGUGACUGGGGAGCGGCCGCCGAGACCAUAUAACACUGGUCCUGAAAGACCUACACUGGCUCCCAGUACGUUUCCGAGCACAAUUCAAAGUGUUGGUGCUGACCUUUAAAGCCCUAAACGGCCUCGGUCCAGUAUACCUGAAGGAGUGUCUCCACCCCCAUCGUUCAGCCCGGACACUGAGGUCCAGCGCCGAGGGCCUUCUGGCGGUUCCCUCGCUGCGAGAAGCCAAGUUACAGGGAACCAGGCAGAGGGCCUUCUAAGUAGUGGCACCCGCCCUGUGGAAUGCCCUCCCACCAGUUGUCAAAGAGAAAAAUAACUACCAAACUUUUAGAAGACAUCUGAAGGCAGCCCUGUUUAGGGAAGCUCUUAAAGUUUAAUAGGUUAUUGUAUUUUAGUGUUUUGUUGGAAGCAGCCCAGAGUGGCUGGGGGGACCCAGCCAGAUGGGCGGGGUAUAAAUAAUAAAUUAUUAUUAUUAUUAUUAUUAUUAUUAUUAUUUAUUAUUUAUUAUUUAUUAUUUAUUAUUUAUUAUUUAUUAUUUAUUAUUUAUUAUUUUAUAAAAGCUUCCCUAAACAGGGCUGCCUUCAGAUGUCUUCUAAAAGUCUAGUAGUUGUUCUUCGCUUUGACAUCUGGUGGGAGGGCGUUCCACAGGGCGGGUGCCACCACCGAGAAGGCCCUCUGCCUGGUUCCUUGUAACUUGGCUGUUUGAAACAAAUGCAGGCUGUUCAAAGUGUAUCAGCAGGGCUCGAAUCCUGGCGCCGUUUCUCCUGGGACGUGCUGGUUUCCCACCGUUUUUGUAUGCAUGGAAGUUGGCUUCAUAUUCAGCCCCCCUCCACCCUAUUCUUCGGUCUCUCGUUGCAGGAAAUCAGAUGCUGCUGCUGUGGAGAUGGACGAGAUGAUGGCAGCUAUGGUGUUGACCAGCUUAUCCUGUAGCCCUGUGGUCCAGAGCCCCCCAAAUGGUGAUGCUGGCAUCCCAGGUGAGCUUGAUGCGCCGAGAUCGAAUAGGAAGGACACCGUGGCCUAGUGGCAAGGGACACAAGGUCCCAGGUUCGGUCCCAGGUGUCUCCAGGUAAGGCUGGCAAAGGCUUUCCAUUUUCAUUGUCAUUCUGGUCUCCCUGCUCCUCCACAACAGAGCAAUGGAAAGCAAAUUUGCUCCAUAUGGUUGACAAUCCUUCAAACACAGGGUGAAAUCAUGGGGUGCCUUUGCCAGCCAGUUCAGAUGUCCUGUUUCCUCCGUGGUCACAAAGCAUUCAGACUCUCCUCUCGAUGAUUUAGCCGAAGGUUUUGUUCCAGAAAACAGCAUGUGACCUAAACAUAGAUCAGGUGAUUGAUUGAUUGAUUGAUUGAUGGACUACUGAUCAUUAAAUUUCUGUGCGGCUUAAUAGAUUAAAACAUACGAGAAAACUGAAGCGACAACAGACGACUUAAACAUGAAAUACUGCAAAAAUACACGGUUGCGCAUAAAACGUUGCAUUAAUGCAAAAAUACUAAAAUACAGUGGUACCUCUGGUUACGUACUUAAUUCGUUCCGGAGGUCCGUUCUUCACCUGAAACGGUUCUUAACCUGAAGCACCAAUUUAGCUAAUGGGGCCUCCCGCUACCGCCGUGCGAUUUCUGUUCUCAUCCUGAAGCAAAGUUCUUAACCCGAGGUACUAUUUCUGGGUUAGCGGAGUCUGUAAACUGAAGCGUCUGUAACCCGAGGUACCACUGUAUAUAAUAUUUUCUUUUUAACACGCCCUCCCUCUCAGCCUCCAGCUUUUCACCAGGGUCCAAACAAACUCUCAGCUCACCCCAAAAAUUCUCACCACGAGGAGUUCCUGAAAACAGUGUUCCUUGCCCUAGUCUCUCACUCUAGAUUUGCUUUUUAUGGACAGCUCAAGGUGGAUAGUCCUUAAUCACGCUGCCCACAGCUGUGUCCCAUUCAGCUGCCCUCUCUACACCCAGUUCCAGAUGUGGCAGGUUUGGUGGGUUUCCGGCCCAAUCGCCUUCUCAAUCCGGCCCACGGACUGUCUGGGAAUCAGCGUGUUUUUACAUGAGUAGAAUGUGUGCUUUUAUUUAAAAUGCAUCUCUGGGUUAUUUGUGGGACAUAGGAGUUCGUUCAUUAUUUCCCUUCAAAAUACAGUCCGGCCCCCCACAAGGUCUGAGGGACAGUGGACCGGCCCCCUGCUGAAAAAGUUUGCUGACCCCUGGUCUAGAGGAUGGGAAGAGGGGCCCCUUCCACUCACCGCAGGUUACGUGAUCCUAACCCUGCGAAAAUAAAAAAUAAAAUCCAAAGAGCUCAAGGUGUCAUAUGAGGCUUCCCCCUCCCCCAUUGAAUCCUCCCAACACCCCUGCGAGGGAGGUUGGGCUGAAAGGCAGCGAUUGGCCGAAGGUCACCCGGCGUGCUCAGUGGCCGAGCGAUUGGAUUUGAACCCAGGACCUAGCCUGACGCUCUAACCCAGGCUUCCUCAACCUCGGCCCUCCAGAUAUUUUGAGACUACAACUCCCAGCAUCCCUGACCACUGGUCCUGCUAGUUAGGGAUCAUGGGAGUUGUAGGUCAAAAAAAAAUCUGGAGGGCCAACGUUGAGGAAGCCUGCUCUAACCUGUGAAAAAAAGACAGUCACGGAACCAAGAAAUUACACAAAACAAAAUAAUUGCCGUGAAAAUCCCUGAAAUGAGAGGUAAUCGACUAUAGAAUUGAAUAACAAAAAACAAUUUUUUUUGGGAAAAAUUAACCGAGAAUUAAACAAAGACUUAACGAGAUGCCGGCCACAAAACUCGUUUCACUGAACUAAUCAGUUUCCUCAGAAGGAAAUAAAGAAUUUUAAACCUUGAAUGAUUUUAAGUGAUAUCAAACUCAAGAGCAGGGCUGAGACACUUCCUUGAGUUUACAAAAAAAGGUAUAAAAACCUCAAUGACAAGUUUAAAACAUAGCCUUAUUUAAGAGAACAUUAUAAACCUUAAAUAGUUUUCAGUGAUUUCCAGCAAACUCAAGAGCAGGGCUGAAACGCUUACAAAAACGGUUUUAAGAAAAACUUACAAAGGAAUACGCGAUAAGCUGUUUAAGUUUCAAACAAACUCAAAAACAGGGCAGGAACUCAAAAACAGGGCUGAAGCGCUCCUGACUGCUGAUGUUAAAGAUUUAAUCCCCCCCCCCCACUGCUCUAACCACUGAGCCACACUGUCCUGGAUCAGGACAGUGGCUCGUCUAGUCCGCAAGCAGGCCCUGAACGAGAAGGCACUCAAUUUCACCCCUCCAACAGCUGCCCCAUCUCCCUCCGAGGUCUGACGGGACCCCUGUGCUCCCCCUGUGACCGUCUGGUUCAGUCGCCUUCUCAAACCAGCCAGGAGAUGGUGGCUGAACUUCGCUGGCCGAGGAAACCGCCAGCCCAGUCCCUUGAGGGUGGCUGUUUGUGACCGUCUGCUUCCCUCUCUGUGCCCUCCGCCCGGCGCUGCCGUCGGACAGCUGCUUGGAAGGGCAGCUGGCCGCAUUUGGGACGGUGUCUACAUUCCUAGAGAGAGGCACGGAGCACGUAACCCGACUCCCGGCCGCCGUUUCCAGUCGGAUGCCCGGGCCUAUUAUGGGAGCGACGGGUCGUGGGGCACCCAGAGGAGCCGGCGUCUCUAUUUAGAGGUGCUGCCCAGGAAUCAAGUUAAAAAUAGGACUCUGCCAGUGUGGGAAAGGCCAUUGAUCGACUUGAGUUGGCAGCGCAGUUGUGGAAACUCAGAGCGUGUGGGAUUUAUUCUCUUGUCCUCCUCUACAGAUGCAAAUUUCGCAGGUGCGAUCCUGUGGACGCCUGCUCAAAGGUUAUCCCUUUUGAGUUGGUUAGGCUUUGUCCAGCAAUGUCAUACCCAGCUUAGGACUAUGGAAAUAAAUUUACUGUAUUCUUUGCUCUAUAAGACUCACUUUUUCCCUCCUAAAACGUAAGGGGAAAUGUGUGUGCGUCUUAAUGAGUGAAUGCAGGCUGCGCAGCUAUCCCAGAAGCCAGAACAGCAAGAGGGAUUGCUGCUUUCACUGUGCAGCGAUCCCUCUUGCUGUUCUGGCUUCUGAGAUUCAGAAUAUUUUUUUUCUUGUUUUCCUCCUCCAAAAGCUAGGUGCGUCUUGUGGUCUGGUGCGUCUUAUAGAGUGAAAAAUACAGUACUUAAGUCAUUCAUAUAUCAGUUGCUGGAAACCGCAGGAAGCGACAGCGCUCCUGUAUUCGAAUCCUGCUUUCGGGUUUCCCAUAAUGGGCAUCUGGUUGGUCACUGUGAGAGGUGGAAGCUGGACCAGAUUUGCCAUGGGCCUGAUCCAGCACACUCAUCUUACGUUUGUUAAAUUGCUGUCUGAAACAUCUGGAAGACACCAGCCUGAAGAAGGCCUUUUGAGCAAGACCUCUGAUGUAGCCCUACCCCAUAAACAACCCACAAUAUUCCGGUGGAAUCACAAAAUUGUAAAACUGCUUUUCCUUUUUUCCGCUAGGUGUGCAUAUGCUUUUCGGUAAUGGAUAAUUAAAAAGCAAAAAAACAAAUAAAUUUACAGAUCAAUUGUAAACAGAUUAAAAACAUUAGCAGGAUCAUUGUAAUAACCCACAGUUUUAUAAGAGUAUGUAUUUACAGUAGAUAAUUUAAGUGAGCAAGUUGAAUGAAUUUGGAUAUCAAAAAACAAAUUUAAGGAACCGCAGAAAGAGGGGGGAAGGAAGUCAAAUUUUGAAAUGUUAAUUUGAUUGUGAAACUAAUGAAAGGUAUAAAUUUGAAAAGUAUAAAUAAAAAACAAAAACAAAACAGAGAGGUUCAUAGAUGGAUGGAUGGAUUGAAUGGCCAUCUGGAGAGGGUGAGAUUUGAACCUGCGAUCCUUUGCAUGCAGGGCAGAUUUCCUGCUGCUGAGCCACAGCCUUGGCCCUCCAGAUGUUUUGAGACUACAAUUCCCAUCAUCCCUGACCACUGGUCCUGCAAGCUAGGGAUCAUGGGAGUUGUAGUCCCAAAACAUCUGGAGGGCUGAGGUUGAGGAAGCCUGGCCUAGUAUCGGGGGGGGGGGGAAGCAAUUCAGAAAAGACGUUGACGGGGGCUGGAACUGGACAUAACUGUGAGCCAAGUGCCAAAGCAAUUCGCGUAUUGUUUCUCAAGAGAGCCGUGGGGUUGGAAGGGGUUCCCGAGGGUCAUCUAGUCCAACCCCCUCUUGUCCUCUGUUUCCCAGCAUCCCAAGCGGCGGGUGAUGUGUGGAAGGAAAGCGGAGACAUGUCGGACGGGGGCAGUAGCAGCACUAGUGGGCACUGGAGCUGUAUGUCUACCCCGUCUCCACCCCAUUCUGAGGCCAGCCCCAAGUACUCGAGCGAAGCCUUCAGUUCUCCCCGGCCGGAUGACGGCUUUGAGACGGAUUUGGACCCCUUCCUCUUUGAUGAGCCUGCUCCGCGGAAGAGAAAGGUAGGGGGCACAGAAGUGGGAGGGGCAGUGGCUGGAGAAUUGUCCCACGUAACGCGGAUUCUUCGCUGCCUGAUUUUUUUGUGACUUUCAUUAGGUAAAAGUAAAGGGACCCCUGACCAUUAGGUCCCGCCGUGACCGACUCUGGGGUUGUGGCGCUCAUCUCGCUUUACUGGCUGAGGGAGCCGGCAUUUGUCCGCAGACAGUUUCCAGGUCAUGUGGCCAGCAUGACUAAGCCACUUCUGGUGAACCAGAGCAGCGCACGGAAACGCUGUUUACCUUCCCGCCGGAGUGGUACCUAUUUAUCUACUUGCACUUUGAUGUGCUUUCGAACUGCUAGGUUGGCAGGAGCAGGGACCGAGCAACGGGAGCUCACCCCGUCGCGGGGAUUCGAACUGCCGACCUUCUGAUAGGCAAGCCCUAGGCUCUGUGGUUUAACCCACAGCACCACCCGUGUCCCUUUUGCGACUUUCAUUAACUUGCUGUUAAACUGUGGAAUUCCCUCCUGCAGGAGGCAGUAAUUGCCACUGACUAUGAUGGCUUUAGGGAGCUCAACCCGUCAUUGCGGGAAUUCAAACUGCUGACCUUCUGAUAGGCAAGCCCUAGGCUCUGUGGUUUAACCCACAGCGCCACCCGCGUCCCUAAAGCCAUCAUAGUCAAAAACAAAAACAAACCAGAAAAAAAAUCAUAACCAGAUUAAACCAUAAUUUUUUUGGUCGACUUCGCUCCACUCCGUCUCUUGGCUUUAUUAUAAUAUACUUGUUUAUGCAUGUCCAUAAAUCCUUAUAUACUUAACAAUCCAAUUUUAAAACCUUCAUCUUAUUACAAGUGACUUUUGAAAGUUAUACUAUUGUAAGGAUCUAUACACAAAGCUUUAAAAAUAUGCAUUGAAUCGUUGCCCUUUUUUAUAAUAAUUUGUCCUGGAUAGUUUAGUACAGUCAUACCUCAUGUUACGUUUGCUUCAGGUUGAGCGUUUUCAGGUUGCGUCCCGCGGCGACCUGGAAGUACCAGAAAGGGUUACUUCCGGGUUUUGCCACUCGCGCAUGUGCAGACGCGCAAAAUGAUGUCACGCGCAUGCGCAGAAGCGGCGAAUCGCGACCCACGCAUGCACAGACGCAGGUUGCGUUCUUUUCAGGUUGCGAACGGGCCUCCGGAACGGAUCCCGUUCGCAAGCAGAGGUACCACUGUAGUUUAUAGAUUUUAAGCCAAAGGUGUUUAAUAAUGGACAGUGCAGAUGCAGAGGAAGGAUUGCUCCCUGUUCUGGAUGCGUAGAGCCUCAAACCAGCAUUCCUGCAGUCUCAUGCCACUUCUAGUUUCCUAAGGAGCAAUUGCACCAGGGAAAUAGAAGCUCCUGGUCUCGCUGAGGGAGCUCGUUUCCAAGAGCUUGGGGUUGUGACGCUUUUCACCUCGAGGGCCGCAUUCACUCCUGGGCAGCCUUUCAAGGGCCACAUGACAGACAGAAGGCUGGGUGGCGUAACACAUCUCAAUAUUGCCAUUGUGCAGCAGUUUCGAUUUGACUCUCUUCUCUGCCCUCCUUCCGUGCAAGCGAGAGACAUCACUGACGUUCUAGGUCCCAUUCCAGCCAGUCGAAAGCAUUCCAGAAUGAGUUGGGGCAGGGAAAUCGGUGGAGAUUUCCUAGGCCAGGUGGAGAGGCUGAGAAGGGGACACGUUUGGGAUUUGUGCCCAAGCUCCUCCCUGCCUCAUCCCGUCCAAGUGGAAGGGGAGGAGGAGGAAAGUGAGGGGUCCCCAAGUGAGGGGUGUUUUACUUGCUUGGUUUUGCCUGCAGACCUGAACCAGGUGUGUCUCUCUCUCUCCUAGAAUUCUGUGAAGGUGAUGUACACCUGCCUGUGGCCCAGCUGUGGAAAAGUCCUUCGCUCCAUCGUGGGGAUCAAGAGGCACGUGAAGACCCAGCACUUGGGGUGAGUAAGGCCCCAAGACCCUGGCCGAACGGCAUUCACGCAGAGGGAAGCGACACGGUGUUGAGAUUCCUUUCAUUGCAGCUGGUUGGGCUAGAUCAGCAAUGUCCAACAGGUCGAUCACAAUCGACAGGUCUCCUUUGGACUGCCGGAUGGAAAAAGAAAUGUGCUGGAAUUCUCUGUCCCCCUCCGUCCUUGUUCUGUCCAUGAAAUGGGGGGGACGUUACUGAAAAGAAGCUUAGUCCUCUUAAUUGCGUCAUGUUGUGCGGUAGAUCACUGCCAGUUGUUUUAUGCUGGGAGUAGAUGAACUUGGGACGCGGGUGGCACUGUGCGUUAAACCACAGAGCCUAGGACUUGCCGAUCAGAAGGUCGGCGGUUCAAAUCCCUGUGACGGGGUGAGCUCCCGUUGCUCGGUCCCUGCUCCUGCCCACCUAGCAGUUCUAAAGCACGUCAAGUGCAAGUAGAUAAAUAGGUACUGCUCUGGCAGGAAGGUAAACGGCGUUUCCGUGCGCUGCUCUGGUUCGCCAGAAGCGGCUUAGUCCUGCUGGCCACAUGACCUGGAAGCUGUACACUGGCUCCCUCAGCCAAUAAAGCGAGAUGAGCGCCGCAACCCCGGAGUCGGUCAUGACUGGACCUAAUGGUCAGGGGUCCCUUUACCUUUAGAUCGUGCCUGGGCUAGAUGAAUUUGGGGUAGCGUCCAACUCUCUCGUUCUGUGAUGGAACUCGGGCACUAUUGAUGGAAUCAGAGGCUCCAGAUGUGCCUGAUUCCAGAUAUGGAACAUCUGUCGGCAGGUGGCCUUCCAAGCUGAGCUCCUCAAGAUCAGUUGCUGUACCUGCCUGCUUGAGGCGUUGUUGUUGAAUCACAGAAUUGUAAAGGUGGAAGCGACUCCCAAGUGUUACAGUUGUCCCCAUUGGGUUGUCACAGCCAGACAUGGUGGACGCCGCGACUGGCGUAGUGGCCAGAAUUGGAGCUUCAAUUUCCAACCACCUGGUAUUUAUACCAAGGCUGGCCAAUCCGGAGGUGCCAUGCUCCCUGCCAAUCGCAGCUGCCCACAUUGCCCAUUCCUGUCCCAUUUGCGAGCCUGAAAGAGAACUGAAAGGUGUAAUAGAACGAUUGGAACCUUAUACCAUAUGUGGUGGUCAUGUCCCGAAAUUAAGAAAUAUUGGAAUACGAUACAUGAGGAAAUUAAAAAGCUAAUAAAAACAUCACAUAAUAAAAGAGCAGAAUCAUAUUUAUUAGGAAUUUUGAAUGGAGACAUCCCGAAUGACAAAAUUAAUAUUUUAUUGCCCCUGACAACAGCAGCAAGAAUGUUAAUAGCCAAUACAGUGGUACCUUGGGUUACAUACGCUUCAGGUUACAGACUCCGCUAACCCAGAAAUAGUACCUUGGGUUAAGAACUUUGCUUCAGGAUGAGAACAGAAAUCGUGCUCCAGUGGCGCAGCGGCAGCGGGAGGCCCCAUUAGCUAAAGUGGUGCUUCAGGGUAAGAACAGUUUCAGGUUAAGAACGGACCUCUGGAACGAAUUAAGUACUUAACCCGAGGUACCACUGUAAUUGAAAAGGAAAUUACGUUCCAACCAAAGAAGAAUGGCUGAAUAAAUUAUGUGAAUACUUGGAAUUAGCAAAGUUGACUGAUUUGAUAAGACAAAACCCAAAAAAUAUAAUCCAGAAACAAUGGAAAUGUUUAAAUGAUUAUUUAUGUAGACAAAGAUUAAAUGUAAGGUAUUGGUUGUGUUUAGAAUAGAUUUAUGAAAGAUUUAGAAAACUUAUUGAUAGGAAUAUUUGUGUGAGAUUGUAUGGGAAAAAUACGAAAUAACAGAUACUAUCUUGCUUUACAUGUAUAUAGGAAGUGCAGUGUAAGCGAUGGAAGUCAGCCAAUGAAAUUUUAUUAUUGAGAUAUUUGUAGUAUAAAUUUGGAAGAAAUUCUUCCAACUUUUUUUCUUCUUUUUCUCUUUAUUUUUUCUUUUCUUCCUUUUCUCUCUUCUUUUUUUAUAUGUGUGUGCUUAUCUGUAUGUAUGUAUUUGCAAUAUGUUGCAUACAUUUUGCAAUAAUUACGUUAAAUAAAUUAAUAAAAUAAAAGGGUGGAAAAUGAAAAAAAAUGAAAGAGAACUCCGAGGCUUGGGCAUCCCCGGAGAAUUUGCCCCCAAAAGCACAGCGUCAUCUCUGAGCUCUGAACGACGAGCAAAACAAAAGGGGAAACUGGGAGGUGGGUGGUUAAUGCUACCUGGGCUGUUCUGUAGUCGAGAGAACGAUGCUUGUCCGUUUGAUCUGGGGAGCUGAUGGAGAAAGGGUGCCUCUAAUUUAAAUUAGACUACUGCAAUGUGCUCUACGUGGGGCUACCUUUGAAGGUGACCCGGAAACUGCAAUUAAUCCAGAAUGCGGCAGCUAGACUGGUGACUGGGAGUGGCCGCCGGGACCACAUAACACUGGUCUUGAAAGACCUACAUUGGCUCCCAGUACGUUUCCGAGCACAAUUCAAAGUGUUGGUGCUGACCUUUAAAGCCCUAAACAGCCUCGGUCCAGUAGACCUGAAGGAGCGUCUCCACCCCCAUCAUUCUGUCCAGACACUGAGGUCCAGCACCAAGGGCCUUCUGGCAGUUCCCUCAGUGCGAGAAGUGAGGUUACAGGGAACCAGACAGAAGGCCUUCUCGGUGGUGGCACCCGUCCUGUGGAACGCCCUCCCUUUAGAUGUGAAGGAAAUAAGCAGCUAUCUUUUCUUUAAAAGACACCUGAAGGCAGCCCUGUUUAGGGAAGUUCUUAAUAUUUAAUGCUGUACUGUUUUUAACACUUGAUUGGAAGCCGCCCAGAGUGGCUGGGGAAACUCAGCCAGAUGGGCGGGGUAUAAAUAAUAAAUUAUUAUUAUUAUUAAAUCCCCAGAGCCCAAAAUGUGGCAAAUGUUGGACUUGUGUCUCCCCAGUUUCCUGGGCAUUGCUUCAUCUCUCUUUUCCCAUUGCUGCAGAGACGGCGCCAAUUCUGACCAGCGGAAGAGGGAAGAGGAUUUUUACUACACGGAAAUGCAGGUGAAGGACGAGGCGCCCCCAGAACCCGCAGUGGCCGUCUCCAGCCCCACCGCCACCUCUGCGGGGGCUUCUUCUCCCAUCACCAUCCAGCAGACUCCAUCACAGCCAGAAACUCUCAUCCUGGACCAAGCAGUGCCCCCAAAGCAUCACCUGUCCAGCAGCGCCCUCAGCCAGUCGGCUCCUAGCUCCUUCUGGCACAUCCAAGCUGACCAUGCGUAUCAGGUAGGGCCCGGCCAGCCCUCCCCAAAUAUAUAUCUCCUCCCAUACCCUUUUUAUUACAACUAGCAAAAACCCAAAAAUAUGGCUGUGGGGUAUUGCAUCAUGCCACGUGCAAAACAGUCGAACGAGAGGAAUAGGGAUGCACCAAUAUAACUUGAGGUUAGACCACAGAGCCUAGGACUUGCCGAUCAGAAGGUCAGCUGUUCGAAUCCCCGCGACGGGGUGAGCUCCCGUUGCUCGGUCCCUGCUCCUGCCAACCUAGCAGUUCAAAAGCACGUCAAAGUGCAAGUAGAUAAAUAGAUACCACUCCGGCGGGAAGGUAAACGGCGUUUCCGUGCGCUGCUCUGGUUCGCCAGAAGUGGCUUAGUCAUGCUGGCCACAUGACCCGGAAGCUGUACACCGGCUCCCUCGGCCAAUAAAGCGAGAUGAGCGCCGCAACCCCAGAGUCGGCCACGACUGGACCUAAUGGUCAGGGGUCCCUUUACCAUUAUGCCACCUACAAGGGACGCAGGUGGCGCUGUGGUCUAAACCACUGAGCCUAGGGCUUGCCAAUCCGAAGGUUGGCAGUUCGAAUCCCCACGACAGGGUGAGCUCCCGUUGCUCAGUCCCUGCUCCUGCCAACCCAGCAGUCUGAAAGCACGUCAAAGUGCAAGUAGAUAAAUAGGUACUGCUCCGGUGGGAAGGUAAACGGCGUUUCCCUGCGCUGCUCUGGUUCGCCAGAAGCGGCUUAGUCCUGCUGGCCACAUGAGCCGGAAGCUGUACGCCGGCUCCCUCGGCCAGUAAAGCAAGAUGAGCGCCACAACCCCAGAGUCGUCCGCGACUGGACCUACUGGUCAGGGGUCCCUUUACCUUUUACCUUUAUGCAGGGUAGUCUGGCUACGGUGAUGCAUGCUUUGAAAACAAAGUCCUCCUUCAUGGAGCGUGCAGUUAAACUACAGACCUCUCUCUCUGUCCUGCCACCCCAUAAAUGCAUUUUGCAAAAGAGGCAGCGGAGAUGGAAACACAGCAAAUCCUUUCUCACCUCCUUUGUUUUUUCUCUCUCAGGCUCUGCCGUCCAUCCAGAUCCCCGUAUCCCCGCACAUAUUCACCAGUAUCAGCUGGGCUGCAGCGACAUCUACCAUCCCUACCCUCUCACCGGUGAGUCCUGACUAGAGAUGUAAAAUUUCUGGAAAUUUUGAAGCCAUGUGAAAUAAAAUGUGCCCCCCCCCCCCCGUUUUUCCCGGGGAAAAAUAGAAAUUUUGGAAAAAUUGAAAAAAAGUUUAGUGUGGUUUUACAAAUUGCGUGAAAUGCAGUGUAUAUAAAAGUAUUAUGCCUGCAAUAAAACACGUAACAACCUCCCUUGCCCUCAAAAGGAACAAAAAAAGCAAGAAACCAUCAACGUAAAAAUAAUCAGAUUUGCCCCUUAGCACUAAUAGCAAAUAAAGUUAAGGUCCACUUCAAUAUUUAAGCUCCAUAGAAGGUCUACCCUUUGAGCAGUGCUUUUUUAAAAGAAGAAGCAAGACUACAUAUGUUGUUGUUGUUUAGUCAUUUAGUCGUGUCCGCCUCUUCGUGACCCCCUGGACCAGAGCACGCCAGGCACUCCUGUCUUCCACUGCCUCCCGCAGUUUGGUCAAACUCAUGCUGGUAGCUUCGAGAACACUGUCCAACCAUCUUGUCCUCCGUCGUCCCCUUCUCCUUGGGCCCUCCAUCUUUCCCAACAUCAGGGUCUUUUCCAGGGAGUCUUCUCUUCUCAUGAGGUGGCCAAAGUACUGGAGCCUCAUGGAAUAAGUAAAUAUGAAGUGUAAAAUAAAGACAGAGGAGAAUUAAAUACUUUCGAAUGUUAAAAUAAGUAAAUGAAAAGAAGGUUAGAAGGAUUUGCUGGAGAUACGAUUCAAAUUAGAAUACAAAGCAGAGAGGUGAGAGGAAGUCACGGAAAUAAGUAAAUGGGAAAACGGUUUUAAAGGUUUAAUUUGAUUUUUUGUUACCUUUUUAUUGUGAUUUUUUGUCUUUUGUAUUUUUCUUUUGUAUUGUUCGUUUUUUGUAUAAGAUGUAUGUGAUUUGUUUUUCUUUCUCUACUUUUUUCUUUUUCUGUAAUUUUAAAAUUGGAAUAAAUAUUCUUAAAAAAAAAACCAAACAAAGUACUGGAGCCUCAGCUUCAGGAUCUUUCCUUCCAGUGAGCACUCAGGGCUGAUUUCCUUCAGAAUGGAGAGGUUUGAUCUUCUUGCAGUCCAUGGGACUCUCCAGAGUCUCCUCCAGCACCAGAAUUCAAAAGCAUCAAUUCUCUGGCGAUCAGCCUUCUUUAUGGUCCAGCUCUCACUUCCAUACAUCACUGCUGGGAAAACCAUAGUUUUAACUAUAUGGACCUUUGUUGGCAAGGUGAUGUAUCUACUUUUUAAGAUGCUGUCUAGGUUUGUCAUUGCUUUUCUCCCAGGAAGCAGGCAUCUUUUAAUUUUGUGACUGCUGUCACCAUUUGCAGUAAUCAUAAAGCCCAAGAAAGUAAAAUCUCUGCCUCCAUUUCUUCCCCUUCUAUUUGCCAGGAGGUGAUGGGACCAGUGGCCAUGAUCUUUGUUUUUUUGAUGUUGAGCUUCAUUUUUUAAAAAAAUAAUAUUUAUUACUUUUAAACCUUACAAAAAGGAGAAAAGAAAAGAAGAAAGAAAAGAAAAGGAAAAGCAAAAAAACACACACAAAAAAAUACAGUACAAUAUAUGAACAAUACACAACACAACAUUAACAUUAACACAUUAAACAAAACAAAAGCAAAAACAAUUCAAAAAACACACAUCAUACCAUCUCAAUAUCCUCUUUCAUUCCCUUAUUUCAUCGACCUCCUCUCACCUCCCUUUUUGUAUUUCAUUUCUAUUAAUUAUUUCAGCAAAUCCUUUCCAUCUUGCUCUAUUUUCUGUCAUGUGAUUAUCUUAACAUAUUUUAACCUUAUUUUCCAUUAAUACUAUAAUACUUAUUUAUGCUUAAUUCCUUAAAACAUUUCUACUAAAGCCAUAUAAUUCCCUCCCAACAUUUUUCUAACACUCAUUAAUUUUACAUUAUUUCCAUAUAUAGAUUUUAAACUUUUUCCAAUAUUCUUCCACAAUCUCUUCUCCCUGGUCUCGGAUUCUGCCAGUCAUUUCCGUCAAUUCCAUAUAGUCCAUCAACCUGGUGAUCUUCUGUCCGAGGCUCUUAACUCUUUUCCAAGUCCCUUCUGCAAGUCUUCUUCAUAUUUAUACAUGCACUUUACUUUGUCUUCUCCUGAUCUUGUUCUUAUUUUCCUUCCUUUGAUGCUGAAAAGUAGAUCGCGGGAAAUUCCCAUCUAGCAAUGUUUUUAUUCCUUCUCGACAAGUCAGCCAAAUCUCCAUAGUUAGAACUGAAAUUCAAAAGAUAUUUCCAGUCGUGUUUCAAAGUUCCUCCAAGUCUGGCGGUCCCCACAACUCCAGUCUCCUCCUGACCCACGUCCAGGUCCCAAAGGUCAAUAAAUCCCUGCAUGAAGGGAUCUAUCCAACGUUCCUUCUUCAGUCCAAGCGGGGCUCCAAUCCUCAAAGUCUGACUUUCUCUAAAUUCAGUCUUAAAAGGCAUCAACUUAUAGUCAUCAAAUUGCAUCUGUAAGGCUGGGGCUCUCUCCCUCUCCACUUGUGCAACUUUAGGUUCCUUUGAUGUUGAGCUUCAGACCAUAUUUUGCGCUCUCCUCUUUCACCCUCAUUAAAAGGUUCUUUAAUUCCUCCUCACUUUCUGCCAUCAAGGUUGUGUCAUCUGCAUAUCUGAGGUUGUUGAUAUUUCUUCCGGCAGUCUUAAUUCCGGCCUCGGAUUCAUCCAGCCCAGCCUUUUGCAUGAUGAAUUCUGCAUAUAAGUUAAAUAAGCAGGGAGACAAUAUACAGCCUUGUCGUACUCCUUUCCCAAUUUUGAACCAAUCAGUUGUUCCAUAUCCAGUUCUAACUGUAGCUUCUUGUCCCACAUAGAGAUUUCUCAGGAGACAGAUGAGGUGAUCAGGCACUCCCAUUUCUUUAAGAACUUGCCAUAGUUUGAUGUGGUCGACACAGUCAAAGGCUUUUGCAUAGUCAAUGAAGCAAAAGUAGAUGUCUUUCUGGAACUCUCUAGCUUUCUCCAUAAUCCAGCGCGUGUUUGCAGUUUGGUCUCUGGUUCCUCUGCCCCUUUGAAUACAUGCAGUUUAUUCGAUCUCAUUUUCUGAACUACUGCUGUCAUUUUCCAUUUCUUCCUCUUCCUCUUUAUCAUUUUUCUCAUGGACUUCUAAAAAACGGCUUUGCAAAAAACAGGGAAAAAACUUGAUUUCCCCCCAAUUUUUCCGUUUUUUUCCAGGCCUUCCCAUCUCUAAUCCUCACUUCUGUGGCUGCAGGAAUCUUGAGCAGCAUAAAGGGCUGUUUCCAGCGCCUUGGGGAGGCGGGGUCCUGGAGACACUUGCUUUUGGGUGUAUCGUAAAGUACGUACGUUUCUUGUUUGCAGGUGCGAAGCCGGUCCCUGAGUUUCAGCGAGCAGCAGCCUCCGCCACCGCUGCCUCCUCCACCACCACCACCUGUCUUGAAAUCCCACCUGAUUGUCACGUCUCCUCUGCGGGUGCCCAGCAGCUCGAGGUAAGGCCGGCAAAUAAUAAUAAUAAUAAUAAUAAUAAUAAUAAUAAUAAAUAAUACCCCACUCAUCUGGCUCAUAUAUAAAAACAUAAUAAAAUGUCAAACAUUACAAACUUCCUAAUGUUGUUGUUGUUGUUGAGUCGUUUAGUCGUGUCCGCCUCUUCGUGGCUCCCUGGACCAGAGCACGCCUGGCACUCCUGUCUUCCACUGCCUCCCCCAGUUUGGUCAAACGCAUGUUGGUAGCUUCGAGAACACUGUCCCACCACCUCGUCCUCUGUCGUCCCCUUCUCCUUGUGCCCUCCAUCUUUCCCAACAUCAGAGUCUUUUCCAGGGAGUCUUCUCUUCUCAUGAGCUGGCCAAAGUCUUGGAGCCUCAGCUUCAGGAUCUGUCCUUCCAGUCAGCACUCAGGGCUGAUUUCCUUCAGAAUGCCUAGGUUUGAUCUUCUUGCAGUCCAUGGGACUCUCCAGAGUUUCCUCCAGCACCAGAAUUCAAAAGCAUCCAUUCUUUGGCGAUCAGCCUUCUUUAUGGUCCAGCUCUCACUUCCAUACAUCACUACUGGGAAAACCAUGGCUUUAACUAUAUGGGCCUUUGUUGGCAAGGUGAUGUCUCUACUUUUUAAGAUGUUGUCUAGGUUUGUCCUAAUAGCUUUUUAUUAUUCCUAAUAGCUUCCUAAUAGCUUUUUAUUAUUAAUUUAUUUUACAAUGCAUAUAAAACAGAGAACAACAAUUACGGCAACAGGCAAAAAUUAAAAGGUUGGGGGAAAAGGAACUGUAAAAUAGACACCUAGAAUGAGUAAGCUGCACAUGAAUUAAAAUAACCAAGCCCAGAUCAUCAAGUAUUGUGACAGCCUUGAAAACGAUGGUUCUGGACUCCCCUGAGAUCUAGGGAUGGAGGAAAUAAAGGAACGAAUGAAUGAACGUCAUAACAGAAUGCCAAAUCCUAUCAAAAGUCUCUGGAGGUUCUAGUCCUUGUAGAAAUCACAAAUUAUGUGUGAUUUAAGUCUGCCUGGAUAGCUCAGUUGGAUAGAGCGUGGUGCUGAUAAUAUCAAGGUUGCAGGUUUGAUCCCCAUAUGGGACAGCUGCAUAUUCCUGCCUUGCAGGAAUUUGGACUAAAUGAUCCUCAGGGUCCCUUCCAACUCUUCAAUUAUACGAUUCUUUGAUUUUCCUGUAUUAUAGCUGUAUUCCAGAGUCAGCAGUAUCAAAUGUCUGGUGUAAGAUUUUGGGCAGUUUCUGAUUGAGUUGCGAUCACUAUUUGUGCUGCCAGGAUUAUAUAUAUAUAACGACAACAACAGCAACAACAAUUUUAAUUUGUACCCUGCCAUCCCUGGCUGGAGCCGGGCUCAGGGCGGCUAACAACAUAAAACUAACACAGUAUACAAAGAACAUAAUAACAGGCAAUCAAUUAAUUAAAAUACAUCUUAAAAUUUAGUUCAGAGCAAAUUAAAAUCUGGACAGAUGGCAGUCCACGGGUAAAAUUGACAUGAUGAUGAUGAUUAUGAUGAUGAUGAUAAUAAUAAUAAUAAUAGUAAUAAUAGUAAUAAUAGUAAUAAUAAUAAUAAUAGUAAUAAUAGUAAUAAUAAUAUUUUAUUAUUUAUACCCCAUCCAUCUGGCUGGGUUUCCUCACUCUGGGCUGCUCCCGACAGAACACUAAAACCAGAAUAAAACUCCAAACAUUAAAAACCUCCCUAAACAGGGCUGCCUUCAUCAGAAACACUCGGCAACAUUUAUUUUGUAAAUGGCUGCGCUCGUUCCUCUCUGGUCGGGGACAGAGGGUGGCGCUUGGGGGGGAAUUGUCAUCCCGCCACUCCUUGGUGUGUGGAGUGCCCCAGGGUGCGAUACUCUCCCCGAUGCUUUUUAACAUCUUUAUGCGCCCCCUCGCCCAGCUUGUCCGGAGUUUUAGGCUGGGCUGCCAUCAGUAUGCUGAUGACACCCAACUCUAUCUGUUGAUGGAUGGCCAUCCUGACUCGGCCCCAGACACACUGAUCAGAUGUUUGGAAGCUGUGGCUGGAUGGCUGUGUGGGAGCCAGUUGAAGUUAAAUCCUUCGAAGACAGAGGUCCUGUGGCUGGGACGGGACGAUAUGGGAUUGGGGGGGCAACUCCCAUCUCUUGCGGGGGUGCAAUUAGUGCCAGCACCGUCCGUUAAGAGUUUGGGUGUAAUCUUCGAUACCUCCCUCUCCAUGGAGGCGCAGAUUGCAGCUAUAACAAAGGCGGCAUUUUUUCAUCUCCGCCAAGCUAAGCAGUUGGCUCCUUCCCUCUCUCGCCCUGACCUAGCCACUGUGAUCCACGCGACGGUCACCUCCAGACUGGAUUAUUGUAACUCGCUCUACGUGGGGCUGCCCUUGAGACUGACCCAGAAACUCCAGCGGGUGCAGAAUGCCACAGCGAGACUCCUUAUGGGGUCUUCGCUGCAAGAUCAUAUUCACCCGGUACUAUACCAGCUGCACUGGCUCCCAGUGGAGUACAGGAUCAGGUUUAAGGUGCUGGUUUUAACCUUUAAAACCCUAUAUGGCCUAGGACCCUCGUACCUACGGGACCGCCUCUCCUGGUAUGUCCCACAGAGAAAUUUACGGUCUGCAAAUAAAAACAUCCUGAAGAUCCCAGGCCACAGGGAGGUUAGGCUGGCCUCAACUAGAGCCAGGGCUUUUUCGGCUGCGGCUCCAAUCUGGUGGAACGCUCUGUCACAAGAGACUAGGGCCCUGCGGGACUUGACAUCUUUCCGCAGGGCCUGCAAGACAGAGCUGUUCCACCAGGCCUUUGGUCAGGGCGCAGCCUGACCCCCUGCUCUGGCAAUCUGCACAGAAUUUUGCUUAAUGGUUGCCAUCAAUUUGAUUCUAAUUUGAUUUUAAUUAAUUUUAUAAUGAAUGUUUUUAGAAUGUUGGAUUAUUUUAAUUGUUGUUAGCCGCCCUGAGCCCAGCUUCGGCUGGGGAGGGCGGGAUAUAAAUAAAAUUUAUUAUUAUUAUUAUUAUUAUUAUUAUUAUUAUUAUUAUUAUUUUGGAGAAGGUCUUCUUGACUUCCUUUCCGUUUGGCCCCGUGGUUCCCAAAGUAGUUCCAAACACACCUAGAAGACCCCCCAGGACUGCAGAGGCUGCUGUCCACCUCUAUCCCCCUGUUUUCAUGGCCGUGUUAAGGGGAGGAUAACUCUGGGACGUUCUCUAAAUGUCGGCGAUCCAACCCUGUGUCUCCUUCAACGCCUGUCCCCUGCCUUUCUCUCUCCCGCAGGAAAGUCCGCGGCGAAGCCAAGAAGUGCCGUAAGGUCUAUGGCAUCGAGCACCGCGACCAGUGGUGCACCGCCUGCCGGUGGAAAAAGGCCUGCCAGCGAUUCCUGGACUGAGCGCAUGCAAGUUUCCCAAGAUGGAGGGAGCAAUUCUCUCUCUCUCGCUGCCAGCCAAGCGCCAAGGGGCCAGACGUCUGUGUUUUUGCAGCGUCCACGCCCUUGGAAGCCACUCUCCCCGUGCUUCAGCGGAGAUCUCGAGAGCCCGUCCUGGGCUCCGUAUAUUCUACGUCCGGCAGGUUUUUUUCUUCCUAAUUUUCAGUGUUUUGUGGGAAUGUUCGUUUUUUAAAAACACAUCUUUUCCUCCUUUUUUUAACACACACACAAACACAGCGCCUCCCUUUCUAUUUGUAAAUAAGAGGUGCAAAGCGGGGAGAAAAGAGAGUUUUUGGCUUGGUGUAGCUUAACAGACUUGUUUCUCGGUGUGCCCAGGGACCAAAGAACCUUUUUUCCUGAACUGUUCCCUCCAAGCGUGGUUGGCUGAGUGUUUGGGUUGGUGGUUGCAAUAUGGAGUGCAUAGGAGCAUCCCUUAUCUAAUCCCAAAUCGAGAGGGUGCUGGGUCCAUCAGCUGAAGGAGGAAGGGGCGUGGCUGACUUCCUGUGGACUCCGCCAGCAUGCUGUCUCCCCCUUCUGGUGCCCGGGAGGAAUUACACGCUUGCACCCAAGCCCUGGGUUUUCCUCCUUCCUUUUAAACAUUACGCUGUCAAAAGAACAAUCAUUGCAUCAAGCUACAAUCCAGCGAAUGCUUGUUUCAUUGAAGUGGAAGGAACCUGGCUCUAUUGCUUUGCUUUAUGCUUUCAUUCCCCCAUUUUAUACCUAAAAUUUAAUGUGCAAAACAGCCUUGGGCACCUGAGUAUUUCUCAUGUGGCUUCAGUCGCCCCCUGCCUCAAAGGCCAGACCCGGCGUUACCCGAGGGAGGAAAUAAUAUUUUUGCUUAAUGAUGGGCUUGCCCAUCAAGACCAUUGGGUGGUUUUGUGGGUGCUCUGGUCCGAACUGGAGCGAGCAAAAGUCAUGGGUGCCAGGGCAUAAACGCCAUUAUCGUGGCCUUCCCCAACAUGGCCCCCUUGCCAAUGUUUUGGGCUGGCUGGGGCUCAUGGGAGUUGUAGUCCCAAGCACUGGCAGGGCGUCCGGUCGAGGAAUUUGCUUCCUUCCUUCCUCUUCAAGGUCAGACCCGUUGCGCAUGCAAUCCAGACCGUUCGUCGCCAAUGCACCCAAACUGCGCCAUUUUGCAGAGCAUGCUGGGAGAAUGCACUUGGCUCACGCUGUGGAGUUGUGUGGAAAGGCAAAACAUUUUGGGGGAAACCCUCUUUUUAGCCUAGUGCUGCCAGCGGUCAGUGUAGUUGCCAAAUGACAAUCAACGCAGAGAGCUAGAUCUCCGCGCUGGGGAACGAUAAAAGUAGCCCAGGGAUGUCUUGUGACAGGAGAUUUAAAAACUCCAGGAAUGUUGAAGCCCUCUGUUUCCCUGCACCCCCAGGUUGGGGAAAAAAUAUAUGAAAGUUUAGGUAGUACUUUUUUUAAAAAUCGGAUUUUCAACUUGCUUUAACACACCACGUUUCCAGCGAUUUCCAUUUAGGCCCCAGAACCCUGGGGGGGGGGAAGAGGUGGGGCCCCCCACCCACAAUUUGUCACAUGACUCCAUCUGAUUUUCGGUUGUGGGUGCCGCACUGCGCAAGGAGGGAGCCCUCAUUGAGACCACCAAACUUUGGGGCUGCCAGUCACGACAUAGAGGCGCUUGUUAACGAAUCGUGGUUUCCCUUCCUUGGGGGAGCGCUUCCCUCCCUCCACAAAAACCAGUUGCCCCGACAUCUUUUUCCGAUUGCUUACGUGGUUUUCCCCGUCCCAGUCACCUGCGUUUUGAUAAUCAUGAGCCAUAAACUAAAGACAUAGAUCUCUCCUUGCGAAAAGAGCAACCGAAUGAACAAUGAACACUCUGAGAACGAGGAUUUCUUUACAGAAAAUAAAAGCUAGCCCUGCUUUACUUUUAAGGGUACCUUUUAAGGCUUGGGGUGGGAGACUUUUUUUUUUAUAAAAAGGAGUUAUGUAUAUUAUCAGUGCUUGUUGAAAAAUGUGUGUUUUCCUUUGUUGUCAUUUUGUGCAUCAUACACACCAGCCUCCCUCAAUCUCCUGAUCUUUUGGACCAGAACUGUGCUGGUUGGGGCUGGUUGGCAGAUCUGGUCCACAACAUCUGGAAGACUCGAAAGUUGAGGGAGGCUGCUAUACACAGAAUGUCGGAUUUUUUAUUUCCCUAAGCCCAGACUCCUGGUCAGUGGUAAAGCUGGUCGACGCCAAAACGUGGGUCUUAUUUGAGUGCUUUGAACAUCCAGAGAAUCAGUGGAUUGUCGGAUCGCCCAAAGCUUGAACCCAGAUUUCUGCAUUUUUAUAUUUCCAAAUGUGAGAUUUUGGGAUAUUUGUGUUCUUUCGAUUUCAUCAAAUCAAAUCAAUCUUUAUUAUGGUCCAGAGACCCAACGAAACGAUUUCUUCAAAUCAGUGUGCGUUUCUUGAAAAAAGAAACCCUCAUGAAUUAUGAUGUGGAAACGUAUUUUUGACAGCUGUGUUUAAAUUUCGGGGACAAAUAAUCUGGGACAUCAGAGACGUUUCUUUGGAAAUCUCAUCCAUCCUGCUUCAAAAAUAUCGAUCUGUAGCUGUCUCGCUGCAUUUGACCUUUCUGAGGUCCGGCAAAAUCUACCGGAUUUCCAGAAUUCUCUGUUUCUGCUCCUGAAAGAGUCUCCUGACCUCUCUUCCCCAUCAGAACUAAUUUGUCUUGAGAUUUGGAGACCAGUUUCUUCACUGGCAGAAGUCCGGGCCCUUGGGAAUCUCUCUUAUUUUUCGCUUCUGGUUUUUGUUUUGUUUUUUGUUUUUGUUAAAAGGUGAUUAAGGAGGAGGAGGUGGAAAGAGAGAAAUAAUUUGUAAAGGAAAAAGGAAAGAAAAAAGGACUUUGGGGUAAGCAUGUGGUAUCUCGGUUUUUCUUGCUAAGGUUGGGGAAUAUUUCCUGCUGUUACCGAGCUAUUAAAGGAAUGUGCACUCCGUCAGUGGGGAGGCGAUGAGUUAUAUUCGCCGCUAAAAGCAGCGCCCUUGUUGCUGUAUGCUCCAACCCCCGGCCUUGUUCAUCAAAUGCCUCGUUCCAAAAUUCUAUAGCACUUAAAUUUUGGAAAGUGAAAAAGGAAAAGCUAAGCUUGCAUAGGAAUAUAUUUGUUGUCAGUAUUUUUUUUUUUGUUUCAUUCCAUGGGAUAAGAGUUCCCCACCGUCUCUUUUUAUUUUCUGAGCUGUGCAGUACAAGUUAGACUGGACAACGUAGGUCUGUGGUUUUAUGUAUGCCUAGCCUUUUUCUUUCUUUUUAAAAAAUUGGUUUGUCAAAGUCGUGGGGUGGGAGGGAACCCAGAACGCAAUGGAAACUCGAGGGAACAAUCUACCCAUGCAACAGAUUGCCGCUUUGCCAUUAUUUCCAGGGUGCACGACUUCCCCUGCACCGAAAGGGCACAAUCCUGUUGUCUCUACACUUAGGAUAGAGGACUUUACAUCUGCAUGUGAUGGCCAGAAACUAGGGGCGAGUGAUGGGAACAGGCAGGGCUGGCUCAUUCUGCCACUGCCUCCUCCUGGCAGACUGACUGUGAGGGCUGCCUAUUCAUGAGACUAGCCCUCAUUGAGGAGCCAGGUUUAAGGUUCGGCCUGCUAGCCCUUCCUGCUUCGUUCCACUCAAGAUGCUCUGCUUCCUAGACUCUGGUCCUCCCCGCCAAGCGCUUUGUGGCCCCGCAUGUAACUCCGAUGGCUGGCAUACGUAGAGCCAGGAGCAAGGCUGUGUGUUGCCACUCUGUGGACUAGCACCUUGAUUUUUGUAUUGUGCCAUGGUGGGAGCUUCGGGACUUGGCACUCAAUAGAAACCAGCAAUACACGAAUCCCAUCACUACUUCAAAAGGUGUGAGCUUCGUCUUGUGUGUCUGCAUGAUGCCCAGGGAGAUGUUCUGCAAAUUAUUUCAGGGCCCCAAAGUACAAAAUCCGGCUUCGAUCAACGAUAACCUUGCAACUAUUGCGGGUAACUUCAGUUUUUUCCCUUGGCAGGAAAUGAACCGAAAGCAAAAUAUUUGCUAUUUCCUCUAGCCAAAACAGCUGUUCCUCUGGAUUUUCUUUACAGCUCUGAGCUCCCCUUUCCUCUGUUUUGGAAAAAUAGCCUAAAUGUUUAGAUCUCAUUUUGAAAAAUCUCUUCCCUUCCCCUUUCUCUUUUUUCCGGCCCAUUCUCUCAAUUUCCCUUGAAACCUGGUCGAGUUCCUUACUUAGAACUUUUUAUAGUGAAAAGUCUCCCUUUUCCUCACCUCUCUGUAAAACAGGAUGGGGGUCUCUCCUUUGACCACAGGUGUGCUUGCAGCCUUCCUAACAAAUGGCAGCUCCUGCAACUGAACUCUAUGAGCUGUUUUUCCUUGCUACAUCCUUAAGGACAUGGGUAUAUCAUUACUUCUAAAGGGUUUUUUUUUUUUAAUUAAAAAAAAUAUAGGGUUGUAUUCAAGCGGGUGCCAAGUCCCUCAAUCCAUUGAUUCCAGUUUUGCAGGGCUUUCGGUCCACCAUUCUGUGAUCAGAAUUUGUUCUUGUGCAACAGAAAUUUUCUCUCCCUCCCCCUCCUCAAUCUAAAUCCUAGGGGUUCGCAUCCCAUAACAGGACACACAUCAGAGGGGAAUCCUGUUGUGUUAGCACGAAAUCCCACACUUGUACAAUUAUUCUGUUGCAUGCCACCUAUAUUCUUGUCCAUCCAGGGGCGCUCUCUUUCCCCGAGCGAACGGUCCAGGUUUGUCGUGUCUGCGUCCUGACCUUCUGAGACAGAAGUCGCUUGAGUCGAAGACCCAAGAAAGAUCUGCACACACCACUGUGGGCUGGAUCUCCCGCCCCACUUAAGAGGGCUUUUGUACACAUGUAUAUAGGAAUCUUUUCUACCAGGCACUAAUAGGAAGAGGUGGGAGCUGUUUUCUAAUUUACACUUUGCACUGUGAACCAUUGAGUUUUCGUUGGGAGGCUGGGAGCCCACAUGAGACAGACAGAGAGGAUGAGUUUGUGCAGAAAACCGGCACAAACUGAACCAUUGCACAUUGUCUGGUUCGAUCCAGAACUCAUUGAUUACCCCUUCCUACCAGGAAAGGAAAAAAUGAACGCUUGGGUUUUGAUCGGGGAUGGGAACAGGGGACCCUUUGUGGAUGUUGUUGGACUACAACUCCCAUGAUCCUUUGGAGAUGAUGGUAGUUGCCUGAAAGCCGCAAGAUUCCCACCCACCUCAACCAAAAUACAAUACCAGCGAAAUCCUACAUGGAAAGGGCUGUGUGGGGACGUGCAUGUGUGGAUGUUGUGACCUGUCGGGCAUGCGUAGACAUUUUUGUUAGCUAGGCCUGCUGGGGUUUACCUGCAUUUCUAGUCGCCUGGAUACAAACUCCUUUUUGCAUUUGGUAGAAAUCUUAACACAAACACACAUAUACACACACACACACACACACACACACACACACACACACUGGUGCAAGCAAUUCUGUGGGUACAUGAGAAAGGGGACCAGUCUGAUCACCAGCAAUUUUCUUCUUCUCUUUCGAAAGAGUUUAACAAAGGUGCAGAGAGAGAAAGAACCAGGAACCUCCAUUUUUUCUGCCCUUUCUCCCUCGCACAAGUCACACACCAGCCAGUUCAGAAGUUCCAAGAGGCUAGCCAUCCUCUCCAAACUGUCCGUCUGUCAAGAUCUCCUUAGGAAGCUAAGGAAUGCAACAUGGCCGUUUUGUGGGCUUGCUGGGUUGCUGGCAGGGUGGGAAAGGUGAGGGGCACCGCCCCCCCCCCCCAGUUAUUACAAGGCGUUUGGACAGGAAAGGGGAAAGGAUGAGAUCUUGUAACCCGCUAAUAAUAGCUGCUGUUUGGAUGGUGAUAUGCUACCAAGCCUAACGGGGGGAAUAUAUCGUAUCGGUGAAUUACUGUCUCUUAAUUGGAGCUUUUCUUUUUUGAUUGUCUUCCAAGUAUUAUUUUUUAUUGUAAGCAAAACAAAAAAAAAAUGUGAAAUGUAAUUUUUACAACGGCAAUACGAAAUAUAUUUUAUAAUAAAAUGAUAUGGCCUGAUAA